CCCCCCCCCCACCCCGUGGGUGGGUGAGCCGAGCUGCUGAGUGAAUCUGUCCGGCUGAUGAUGGAGCUGAGACUGUAAUGGCGGCCGGCGGCGGCAGGAGCAGCAGCGGCGGCGGCGGCUGGAGCUCGGCGCUGCCCUGACACCCGGCUACUGCUCCGCGUGGCCUUGACACCCCCGGGCCGGUCCCUCCCCACAAGCAGCGCCGCUCCGGACUCGGGACACCAGGCGGGAGGAGCAGCAGCAGCAGCAGCAAGAGGAGGCGGGGGAAGGACUCCCCACAGACAAUGGACGAACAUCCCGGAGCCGGCGGCGGGAUCAUGGCAGGGCCCAGCCCGAGGCCGCAGCAGCAGCAAGGGCCGCUGCCGCCCGCCGGAGGGAACGCGAACUCCCAGCUGCUCGGCCAAGGCUGCGCGGGGCCCGGCGGCGGAGGCAACCUGCCGCCACAGCAGCAACCCCAAGGCCCGGCGGCGGCGGCGGCUCCGGAAGCGGUGGGCCCCGGCGGCGGCGGCGGCUCGGAGCUGUCCCGGCCUCAACACUACACCAUCCCGGGGAUCCUGCACUACAUCCAGCACGAAUGGGCCCGCUUCGAGAUGGAGCGCGCGCACUGGGAGGUGGAAAGGGCCGAGCUCCAGGUGAGGGUCCUGGAUGGGCGGAGGGGACGCACACAAGCACAAUGAGAGAGAACGGCUGGCUUGAGGCGUCCGUAACCGGGAAGGAAGGAAGCUGCGGUGGCGUGGCUGAGGAGGGAGGGGAGCUGGGUGCGGGGCGGACGACGACGCGGCGGCGAGGGAGGAGAAAGUUACCUGUCCGGCGCGGCGGGCGUCACUCGGCACGUUCCCCCGCUCGCGGCUCCUCGGGUUGGGCAGCCUUCCCCGGGGCAGCCAUUUUGGUUCCUAGCAUGGCGCCCGCCUGGGCCUGUCAGGCUAGUCAGGGGAGGGCUGCCGUCUCCCCCCGGCCCCGGAUUUUAAAGCACCGACUCCGCAGCGUCCGCGCGCCCUGACAGUUAGCUGGGGCUCGAGGGCGGGGGGGGGGGGAAUGCGACUUUCCCGCUUGCGGCUGUCGGAGCCCUCGGGACAUUUGGGAGGCUUCUACGGCCUACCGGGAGGGCGAGUCGCAUCAUCUUUAUAAGGACACGGUGAUCUCAACCUGCUCUUAGCCCCCGACCUUAUUUAUUUCCAGCUGUUACCUUGGGAAUACAAAGCCGCGCACUUCCUUCUUGGCGAGGGACCCCGCCUUCUUUUUAGGAAUAAGAGGCGUGUUCCCCCUUCAAUCUCUGUUCAGCACCCACAUGGGUGACACUACCACUAAAAAUAAAUAAAAAUGAAACGGAAAGUGGGAGACGUGACCAGAGAGAAAUGGAUAAAUUUGACGGAUCGACCAUUUCAGGCUGCUGCUGCUGCUUAUUCUUCAUCCAUUUGUAAUCUAGGGUUACCUCAGCAAAAUACAGUAAGGUGUAAGGUGUUUGCCAGAACCAAGUAUUACAUAGGCACAUGAGUCAGGGAUCCAGGAGUGGCCAGGACUCUCUACUUUGCAUGCAUUGCUGGGUAGUUAAUCUGGUUUUGUCAUAUGUGAAUGACCAUUAAAAUUGGGUGCCUAGGUGUGAAGGUACAUGCUUCUCUAUAAUUAAAGUCUCCAAUUGUACACAUCUGAGGUUUAGCUACAUUCUAAAAGGUUUUUAAAAAAUACAAAAUAAGCCUGCAUUCGUACUGCAUCCUGUGAUGUGUUUCCCCAUAUAGCUAAUGAAAGGAGCAGUGUGAGGCAUGUAAAAGCGAAGGUGUGCUUUUCUUGAUUAAUAUGGUUGAUUUUCAACGUAGUUAGAUUUGGAUCUGGAAGCCCUAGGUCUGUCAGAGGACAAGUACUGACUUGUGCACAGCUGUGCAAUUUCUCACCUGCAGUUUCCUGUUGGGUGGGGGGACAGCAUUCCAUCUUACAGGGUUCUUGUGAGGCAAACACUGAAUUUUAUAAUGCACUGCAAAGCCAAAGAGAUACUGCAAAGGAGAACAAACAGUAAUAAUGUAAUCGAGACUAAAAUGCCUGCUAGACGUUGGGUGUCAUGACAAGUGACAACUAUAUUUUGGCAAAUCUAUUAUUUAACAGAAUUACUUUUGUUGUUGCUGUUGCUGCUUUGCGGGAUCACGUAUAUCAUAUUGAAAGAGAAGUCAUGUUUAUUCAUGAGACUAGCUAAGCAAGUCAAAUUCAUGAUCAUAUAUGUUUAUGACAUAUAGGACCCAGCUUGGGCUGAUUAUAAGUCUUUAUCUUCAGUUAGAUGCUUUAUCUGCUAGCAGUGUGGCUCAAACCUUUUUUAUUAUUGAGAUUUUUACAAUCUGGUAAUGGUUCUAGGACAUGGAGAAAUAAUAUAGAUGUCAAACACUGAUUCAGAUGAAUUAUGGUGAUUGUAAUAGGAAAGAUAUUAGGUGAAGCUUUGUGUCUUUUGUGGCAUUGAAGACCAUUUAAUACAGCAUUAGAUGACUUGCAUCCCUGUAUCCAGUUAUCUGGGACUAAAUCCCAUCAAACUAAAUGAGACUUACUUCUUAGUAGACAUGUGUUAGUCCUUUGAAAGUUUGAUAGGUCACUCCAGGGCAAGAUUAGUCAGUAUGAUGUCCUCCAGAUGUUGUUGGUCUUUAACUCUCAUCAGCUAGCAUGGGGAAUGGUCAGGGAUAAUAGAAGGUAGAGUCCAAUGACAUACGGAGAGCCUCACUUCAGGAUUUCUGUCACGUAUCUUGCAGCUUUUGUCAUUAACUCGUGUUCCCUUAGUUUGUUGCAGUUUCCUAGAUUAGUUUUUAUAUACAUUACUGGCUUUUUCUUUCUCUCAAAGAAGGACCAAUAAAAAUCUCCAACUGAUUCUAAACAGGAUGGAAUGACAAGUAAGAGGCUGCGUCUUGAGAGGAUAAUCCAUGAAAAUUGGAGAUCCCCUCUAUGUAAACUGUAGUACUGGGAUGGAGAACAGAGUUUGGCUAGUAGGCCAGCUUCAAAACUCGCCCACAGUCCCACUUACCAACAUUGACAGGUGUGCAGGACCACUCACCUGUCAACCUUCUACUGUUAUAAUGAUGUCAUUUGAUUGACACCUGUCAAGGUUUGGUCACUGUAAUUGCUGAGCAGCUGAUUGGUGGUUAUAGCAAAUUCCUUUGAAGAUGCACUUUAAGUGCCAAUCAGCUGUCCAGUGCUGGGAUCAUGCCUUACAAGGGGUGGGCUUUGGAGAAAGUUCUCACUUUUUAAUCAGAGAUUUCCCCCCUCUGCAAAGGAAACUAUUUGGCUACAAAGCACUCAGCUGCAUUAAGGAGUUCUUAGCCGAAAUUUAAACUCCUAGUGCAGGGGUAGGCAACCUGCGGCCCAUGGGGGUUGUUUAACCGGCCGACGAGCUGCCUGCUCAGUGAGUCCCUGUGUGCUGUGCUAAACUGGCGCGGCGCGGGGACUCGCUUCCGUGGCACCGGAAAUCGUGUUUGCGCAGACACCGGAAAUCACAGGCGUGUGCACUCAGGUGUGCACGCAAUCCAGCCCACGGACGGAUCUCCGCUGGAGUGAACCAGCCCAGGCGAGGUAAACCUUGCUGCCCCCUGUCCUAGUGCUUCAUUUAUGCCCACACAGUAUAACCACGGUAGGUGGCUGUGGUUCAUGGGAAGCAGUGCUGCAGACCAAACUGGGACCCAUAUUGGGCCUUCUUAUGCCCAUGAGCUGGAGUUUUCUGCCCCUGCUAUCAGUGUUAGAAACUGAGAUUUGAAAGAGGUGAUAUGAUAGAAGUUUGAUAAAAUGAAGCACGGCAUGGAGAAAUAUGACAAAAGAAUAAAAUGAAGCAUGGCAUGAACAAAGUAGAUAGAGAAAAGUUUUUCUCCCUCUCCCCUAACACUAGAACUUGUGGUCAUCCAUUGAAGUUGGAUGCUGGAAGACUGAUAAAAGAAAGCAUUUCUUCAUGCAGCAUGUACUUAAAACUAUGGAACUUGCUCUCAUAGGAGGCAGUGAUGACCACCAACUAAAAUAGAUUUAAAAGAGGAUUGGACAAAUUAAUGGAGGAUAAGGCUAUCAAUGGUGCUGCUCUACCUCCAUAAUCAGAGUCAGUAUGCCUCUGAAUACCAGUUGCUGGGAAUCAGGUAGACAGAGUGCUGUUAAGUUCAUGUCCUGUUUGCAGAAUUCCCACAGGUAUCUAGUUGGCCACUGUGAGAACAUGAACUGAACUAGGUAGGCCAUUGGCCUGAUCUAGCAGAUGGUUCUUAUAUUCUUAUCUUACCCAUAAUUUGUACCUCUUCAGAUUUGAAAAUACAGUGGUACCUCGGGUUAAGAACUUAAUUCAUUCUGGAGGUCCGUUCUUAACCUGAAACUGUUCUUAACCUGAAGCACCACUUUAGCUAAUGGGGCCUCCCACUGCCAUCGUGCCGCCACCAUGCAAUUUCUGUUCUCACCCUGAAGCAAAAUUCUUAACCUGAGGUACUGUUUCUGCAUUAGUGGAGUCUGUAACCUGAAGCGUCUGUAACCUGAAGCGUCUGUAACCCAAGUUACCACUGUAAAGGCAAAUGAAUUGAAGAACUGGGAAACCUCGAAUUCGGAAAUGUUUUUGCCUUUCAGAAUAUAACCCAGGAUACAAAGUAGGUAAAGUUUGGUCCAGUUAUUUGCUCUGUAUUCCUGCUACAAAAGAUGUGUUGGUGCAAAAAGCAAAGCAGAACUUUUUUUGUCAAAACUAAUGUUCAGGCAGCUAAUUUCUUCAUGACGAAUUUAAGGCUGUAACAUAAUGAUUUUAUUAAAAAGAAAGGAAAAAAUAAUAAAACAAUAGAAUUGGAGUUGGAAGAGACUUCAAAGGUCAUCUAGUCCAACCCCCUGCAGUGCAGUAAUCUCAGCUAAAGCACCCAUGACAGAUGGCCAUCCAACUUCUGCUUAAAAACCUCCAAUGAUUGAGAGCCCACCACUGUUGAACAGCUGUUACUGUCAGAAGGUUCUUCUGAUGUUUAGCAGGAAUCUCCUUUCUUGUAACUUGAAUCCAUUGCUUCAGGUCCUACCCUCUGGAGCAGGAGAAAACAGGCUUGUUCCAUCUUCCAUGUAGCAGCCCUUGAGAUAUUUGAAGAAGGCUAUCAUAUCUCCUCUCUUGUGCAGGCUAAACACACCCAACUUCCUCAACUGUUCCUCAUAAGGCUAUGUUUCCAAAUCCUUGAUGAUUUUGGUCACUCUCCUCUGCACACAUUCCAACUUGUCAAUAUCCUUCUUAAAUUGUUGUGCCCAGAUCUGGACGCAGUCCAGUGGUACCUAGGGUUACAUACGCUUCAGGUUACAGACUCCGCUAACCCAGAAAUGGUGCUUCAGGUUAAGAACUUUGCUUCAGGAUAAGAACAGAAAUCGUGCUUUGGCGGCGCAGCGGCAGCAGGAGGCCCCAUUAGCUAAAGUGGUGCUUCGGGUUAAGAACAGUUUCAGGUUAAGAACGGACCUCCGGAAUGAAUUAAGUACUUAACCCAAGGUACCACUGUAUUCCAGGUGUGGUCUGGCCAAGGCAGAAUAGAGCAGUGCUAUUACUUCCCUUGACCUGGACACUAUACUUUUGUUGAUGCUGCCUAGAAUAACAUUACCUUUUUCCCUGCUGCAUCACACUGUUGACUCAUGUUAGCCUUGUGUUCUACGAAGACUUCUGGACCCUUUUGACAUGUACUACUACUAAGACAAGUUUCCCCCAUCUUACAUUUGAGUAGCAAGUUCUUCCUGCCUAAGUGUUGAAUCUUACAUUUGUUCCUGUUGAAAUUCAUUUUUUAGUUUAGGCCCAGUGGUCCAAUCUGUUGAGGUCAACUUAAAUGACUGGAAACAAUAUUGAAAGAACAGAUAAAUGGGGAAAACGGUAUAAGCAGAGUAGUGGCUGCAGGUUAAAUAUUACUGCAAGAGAUAAAUGGUGGUAAGUGUUUGCAGUACAGCCAAAACUGCCAGUUAUGCCAUAGUGACAGUAAUUGAGUUUGGAAACUAGGCAAACUGCUUCCUUGAUCAUAAGGAAAUGUGGAAAAGCAUCCACUGGGUCAACUGAGAAUAUAUACAAAAAUAAAUAUACAGUGGUACCUCGGGUUACAUACGCUUCAGGUUACAUACGCUUCAGGUUGCAGACUCCACUAACCCAGAAAUAGUACUGGACCAUAAAGAAGGUUGAUCGCCAAAGAAUUGAUGCUUUUGAAUUAUGGUGCUGGAGGAGACUCUUGAGAGUCCCAUGGACUGCAAGAAGAUCAAACCUCUCCAUUCUGAAGGAAAUCAGCCCUGAGUGCUCACUGGAAGGACAGAUUGUGAAGCUGAGGCUCCAAUACUUUGGCCACCUCAUGAGAAGAGAAGACUCCCUGGGAAAGACCCUGAUGUUGGGAAAGAUGGAGGGCACAAGGAGAAGCGACAGAGGUUGAGAUGGUUGGACAGUGUUCUCGAAGCUACAAACAUGAGUCUGACCAAACUGCGGGAGGCAGUGGAAGACAGGAGUGCUGGUCCAUGGGGUCACGAAGAGUCGGACACGACUAAACGACUAAACAACAACAUAGUAAUGUGGCUGAAAAACUUGAUAAAAAUGAGAUUCAGAACUGUCCAGUAAACCCCCAUUAAUUAUAGAAAAGCAGACCAGGACAGCCAGUUACAGUGAGGGAAGCAUUAAAACUAUACAGUAUUUAAAAUAAAGCAAUUCAUUAGUUUCCUAUAGUUUUAAUGCUGAGUUUAUAAGUUAUGUGAUAUACUGGUUAAAUGAUGUUCUUAGCUAAAGGUUAAAUAUGUUCUAUGUGGAGAAGGAUCAAUACGGUUUUAAAAAGACAAUUAUUAGAUGUGUUUUAAAUAUUUAUCUCAACGAAGUGUAAUCCCAACAUCGUUGCAGUUAAUGGAUUUUGAGGUGGCUUUCAAUUAAGCGGAAUGGCUGUUAUUCAAAUAAGCAUUAAUAUAUUUUUGGGACAUCAAUAUCAUGAAUGACAGUAAUAAACAUAACUAGAUUGGUUAUAAAUGGUUAAUUGUGGAAACUGGUAUUUCUUGAAGGGAGUUGGGUGAAACUGUAUACUCUCUUCACUAUUCAGUUUUUGUGGUGAGACUCUUACUAUCUUAGUUCAGUCUGAAAGGAAUAUAGAUGAGUUGAUGGGUUGCAGCAUGAGAAGAAAGUGAAAUCCCCUUCUCUGCAUCCUGACUACAGCCCUUCUCAGGGUAAUAUACUGGUUGAGUCCAAGAUGACUGAGCCACAAAGAUGAUAGAACGUGCAAAGAGGAUGACUGUACGUCUUGGAUAUGUUUGACGUGGUAUUUUUAUAUGAAUUGGAAAUCAGCAACAUUUUUGUACAAAGCAUUUCUGAUGCUGCAUCUUGAAUAUAAUAUCAAAACAAGGUAACAAAGUAUUUUACAAUUUAUAAUAUUGGAAUAAACAUGCUAAAAAAACAUUCAGGAGCCAACUUAAGGAGCUGAUAUGACCAGCUCCCUUGUCCUGAUUUCUGCUCUUCUGCCUUCCUACAGGUCUUAAGUAGCUCCAGGGGAGGUGGGGGUGUUGCCCUAACAACUUAAUGAUUUAAUCAUGGUAACAAGAACAUGAUACAUUGUCUAUGAAUUACUUAAUUUGUGAAUUGGAAGGGUGUUUACUAGAACAGGUGUAAAGUUUAAGAAUAGUAUCUCAUUUACAAAGCAUAUUCAGAGCCUUUUUUAAAAAAAGGGGGGGUACCUUGUGAUUUCAGUGUUAAUACUGAGACUGACGCCACUGGAAUUGAGUUUGGUUUGGUUUUAAAUCCACAUGUCUUGGUCUUUCACACUUUCUCUGCGUUAUUGGUGCUGGUCACAACUAGAAGCCUGCUGAAUAAAAUUCCCUUUGGAAAGUAGGGAUUGGAGGUACAGUGUUGUGGUAGUUUUAUUGCUAUCUAGUAGUUCAGUUCUAGAAGAUGGUACCCAGGAAUUAUUGUUCAGCCUCUUGACAGUUAUGCUGUGGGCUUUCAUAUGGCUUUGUUUUAUCUCCCAUGCUAUUCAACAACUGCAUGAAACCAGUGUUAGAAACUCAGACAUAUAUGUUAAUCGCCAAAUGAGAUCUUAAACCUAGGUUACAGUCGUCACAGCGAAAUGUCUAGGUGCCUUUUUGCGGUGAGAUUUAUUAUUGUUAUUAAUUUCAUUUCUAUACCGCUUUAAAUUUUAAAGAAAAAAUUCAAAAGUCUUCUACAACACAUUAAAACAUCAGAUACUGUAAAACAAUCCAGAAUAAAACGAAUUUAAGUUUCAAGGGAAAUAUAUCACUUUGCUUUCCUCAUAGUUAUUUACUUACUUAAUUUAUAUAGCUGCCCCAUAGCAGAAGAACUGUAGGAAGCCAGUGUGGUGUAGUGGUUUGAGUCUUGGACUAGGACCUGGGCCUUCUUGGUAGUGGUGCCCUUGGUAGUGGACAGGGAAUAACAACAACAACAACAAAUCAUCAUCAGGGUUCAAAUCCUCCUCAGUCAUGAAGCUCACUGGGUGACCUUGGACCAGUCACAGCUUUAGUCUACCUCACAGGGUCAUUGUAGGGAUUAACUGGGGAGGAGGGUGAGCCAUGUACUCCUUGGAGAAAAAGGUGGGAUAUAAAUGCAAUAAAUAAGCUUUUCUGCUUGCCUGCUUAAGAAAGCAGUAGGGGCCAGCCAGAUAGAGAUGUCAGUCGCCAACUUGGCACCCACAGAUUUCCAGUGGUUGCAGUUGGACCCGCGCCAGUAGCAUAACUGUCCUGGCGCCUGGGGAAUUUCUAUCACUAGAAACCACUGUGGGUGUGCUGAGGUGUUACCAAUAUGUGGCUGGCACCCAGCUUUAUAUCUCCUUUUCAUCUAAUCCAAGUGAAGCAGUGGGUGUUCUGAACAAGUGCUUAAACUAGGUAAUGGACUGGACUAAACUAAGACUUAAACUGCAGUGUGUUGUAUUUGGGACUGCCUUUGAAAAUGUUCUUGAGACGUCAUUUGGUACAUAAUACAGCAGCCAGGCUAUUUAUUGGAACUGGUAUUAAUUACUCCUCUACAUGAUCACUUGCUCUCUCUUCCAGGCAGUUUCCAUUGGGAUCCUUAUCAGCUGCUCUUCUUCGGGAUCAUCUGCUUAAUGAAGUGAACAAUGUGGUUACUAGGGAGAGGGCCUUUUCAGUGGUGGUGCUCAGUUUAUGGAAUGAUUUUUCUAGAAAGCCUUGCCUGGAUUGUGGUUUUCCUGGAAUCAUGUGAAUACCUUUUUCCCCCUCCCAGGACUUUUAAUUUCAGUUUUAAUCAUAGUGGGUACAUCUUUCUGGUGUGCUAGAUCUUUGCACCAUUCCCCUCUUUAUGUUGAUGAUUUUAUAUUGCUUUCAUUUUUUUUAGAUGCUGUAGUCAGGCUAGUUUUAGAUUAGCCUUGCUAUUUUUAUUUUUUAAAAGUUUUUGGCAUUUCUGCUCCGUAACAGUUCGAACAGUAUUGGUAUAUGUUUUGUUUCUGUCAACUUCCCAGAGAACUAUGUUGUAUUUGUAGUAUAAGUAGCUAUAAGAAUAGUGAAAUAAUAAAUAAAAUGCAGCAUUACAGAUGCACUUUGUGCCGCUCAUAUUAGAGACACAGUUUUUGCUCUGAUUAGGAUGACUAAUGUAGCUGGCGUUCUCAUGCUCCUUUCUCCUGUGGCAUGUGUCUAGUCUCUUAUAAUAAUAAUAAUAAUAAAUUUUAUUUAUAUCCCGCCCUCCCCAGCCAAAGCCAGGCUCAGGGCGGCUAACAACAAACAAAUAAUCAAACAAUCAAAUAAUCCAACAUUCUAAAACAUUUCAUUAUAAAAAUUAAUUAAAAUCAAAUUAAUGGCAACCGUUAAGCAAAGUUCUGUGCAGGUUGCCGGAGGUGGGAGUCAGGCUGGGCCCUGACCAAAGGCCUGGUGGAACAACUCUGUCUUGCAGGCCUUGCGGAAAGAUGUCAGGUCCCGCAGGGCCCUAGUCUCUUGUGAUAGAGCGUUCCACCAGAUUGGAGCCGCAGCCGAGAAAGCCCUGGCUCUAGUUGAGGCCAGCCUAACCUCUCUGAGGCCUGGGACCUUCAGGAUGUUUUUAUUUGCAGACCGUAGGUUCCUCUGUGGGGCAUACCAGGAGAGGCGGUCCCGUAGGUACGAGGGUCCUAGGCCGUAUAGGGCUUUAAAGGUUAAAACCAGCACCUUAAACCUGAUCCUGUACUCCACCUGUACUCUUCCUUUCAUUGAUGUGCCAUAGGUGGUCAUGGUGUGGGAAUGACAAAAUAAAUUUAUUACAGAGUACAGUCAUACCUCAUGUUACGUCCGCUUAAUGUUAUGUUCUUUCAGGUUACGUCCUGCGGCGACCCAGAAGUACCGGAAAGGGUUACUUCAGGGUUUCGCCGCUCACGCAUGCGCAGAAGUGGCGAAUCGCAACCCGCGCGUUCGCAGACGCACCGCUGUGGGUUGCACUCUUUUCAUGUUGCGGACGGGCCUCCGGAACGGAUCCCGUUCGCAACCAGAGGUACCACUGUAUAACAGUAUAACAAUUUUUUGUUGGAAUAGACUUAUACCUUUGAAGUAAAUGAGUUUCAGAAACAAGCUUUCAAUAUUAUUUAGAUUCCGGUACAGAAAAAACCCCACAAAUGAACAAGUGGUUUUCAAAAGGGAAGGAGUGUCUGUUUAUCCUGUUGAUUCACUCAGCUCCUUUUGAGAUGAAAAAUUUGCAGUGCAUCUUCACACUCACUCAGUUAAAACUUGCUGAAUUUGUAGCAGGAACACUGCUUCAAAAUAAUCACAUGCCUUCCUCAAAGUGAUUUACAAUAAAUAACUAUUAAAAACAGUAACAGAAGAAAGCCACUUUGGGAGCAUUUGAAAUGCGGACCAACUUGAUUUUGCAUCGGAUCUUGUGUAGUGAUUUUUCUCUGAAUACUUAACAUUGUCUUCCAUAUAAAACAGUUGUUUCUAUUUGAACUCUCUUGUACAAGCUGUUUGCCCUCCUGGACUACUUUAUGUGAGAAAAACAGUUCAUUCCACCUUAAUCAAGACUCUGCAGUUCUCCGUAGGAAAGUCCCCUGUUGCAUAAGAAACUGACAUUAGCUGUUCUACUGUCAGCCUUCACACAAUAUCUGUAUUGUUCUUUUUUUCUGUCAUCUCUGCUGCUGUUUUUAACAUUUCGCUUUCAGUUAUAAUUAACACAUAUGAAGCUGAUACAUUUACAUAAUGCAUGAUGGAAAACUAAAUUUGUGAGAGAUAUAAGAAAGUAGCAAGGGGUGUCAUAUCAAAUUUGUUGGGGAGGGUUACGACUUAGUGUGUAGAACCCAUGUGUAUGAUAGCGAUAUAGGCAGUCCAGAAGCUGAUCGUGCAUUCUUUUCAAGCAUAAAGGGAUGUGUGAAUGCACUUUUGCUUACUUAAACAGCACUUCCAAAUAAUCCUUGAAUAAAUCCAACUUGUGAUCUUGCUCUCCUCAUUCAGAUUCAUAGUUUUACCAACUUUGUAAGCAAGCUGCAUUUAGAAGAAUUCUGUAGUAAGCAUCGGAGCUCCAGUUUCACAGGGAAAACCUUGGGUUGAGAUCAUCCAAAGCAAUACAGUCUCAAUGAUACAUGUAAUAUCCUUAUAAUAUUGAUUGAUAUAUCAUUGAUUUUACAUGUAACCAACAAAAUAUAACCACCACUAUUAAAAUAAAUAAAUAAAUAAAUAAAUAAAUAAAUAAGUGAGUGAGUGACCAUUUUUGGCCCAGAAACCUUCCCCUAAAGGAACAUUUUUGACCAUCUUAUGGAAAAUUGUUCCCUAAGGGGGCAAAAUGAGCCUGCUUGGGAAAGGGAGUUCUAGAGCCAAGUCUUACAUACUAAAAAGGCUCUCAGCAUGGUCUCCAGAAGGCACAUUUCUGUGAUGCUGUGAUGCACAGUAGGGUCUAUACUAAUGAUUUCAGUAGGCAAGGAGCUUCUUAUCAGAGAUGGUGGUCCUUCAGAUAUCACUGUUCCAAACAAGGAGUUAAGACCAGCACGUUGAAUUCAGCCCAGAGCCUCUAUGCUUUCUAUCAGCUGCCCUUGUCAACAGCUUGGUUAUACCAUUCUGGACUGAUUGUAGUUUCCAAGCACUCUUACAAAGAAAACGUCUAGGAAGGUCUAGGAUUGGCUCACUCUUUCCUGGAUAUUGUAAUUUCUAGAGAUCUUGUGGUCUGUAUUCUCUGGUUCCAGCUUUCCCCCUAACACCAUCCUAAUCAGUUUCUUCUUGGAGGAAAUCACCAUUAUCCCACUGAUGGAAAAAAUACACUUUAAUAAUUUUUGUUUAAGCAUGGACACUGCCAUGGCUUUCAUAUGACUGACAUUGUUUCCUUGUUAUGACCAUUUAACAUUUGUUCAGUCCUUCCACAAGUAUCUGUACAACUCAUUCUCAGAAUGGUGUUGCGAUUGAUAAAUUAUUAUUAGGAGAGCCUCGCUCACACUUAUUAAUGCCAUGUUAUGCCGUUGUAUACUUUGAAACAAACAGAGAAUCAGGCUCCAUUGAAGAAGGGAGGAAGUGGCAUUGAACACAGUCACCAGAUAUUCCUGUUUUCUCCAGCUGCAGCCUGGCUUAGGCUUGAUUGAAGAAGGAUAAUCAAACACGGUUUCUAGGCACUACUGUAUUCCACAGCACCAGAAGUAGAAAGGGAGGCAAUUUGCAGUCUUUGGAAUUUAUAAGCUGUGUUAAGAACAUUCAUAUAACUGUGAAUAUCAUAGUGAUUCUUCGUAAUUUACAGAAGUUAUUUCUGUCUUCAUUUUUUAUAUUUUAGAAAAGUAUUGGUGUACUUUGCUGAAAUAAUAGCCAGUGAUAUGAAUAAAUCUAGUAGCAACACGUCCUAUAUAUGUCUAUUUAGAUAGAAGGCAGUUCCAGUGGGUGACAUACAGUUUUGUCCAUCUGCAAGCAGAACACUUGUGCAAUGGGACUUCCCUUUCCUCUUCUUCCUCCUGCACCACCCCUAAAACUGCUGUGAAGAGUAGGAAGAACAUCUGGAGCUGAUUUGGGAGGGUGCUGCAGGAGGGAAUGGAGGAAGAUGAUGUCCUGGUACUUCUGCUUGUACCGCAUUGAAUAUCACCUGUUGAGUUCAGUGGGAUUUACUUUUAGGUAAAUAGAGAAUUUGCAGACUAAUUCUAUAUGUUUAUGGAUGGAUGCCUUCUAGUGUUUUCUUGAUUCAUGCAAAGUGUAUUUAAGAUUGUUUUGUAGCUGGGCCAGGUACAAUUACAUACCAGUCACUUUAAUGGCUCUAUUUUCACUAUCCUUUUUUUAACAUUGGAUUUUUUUAUUAUGUUUUGAAAUAGGCAGGUGGAAAUAUACAACAGGUUCAGUGGUAGAACUAGACUAUUUUAAAUACACAUGGCUUAAGCAUCAUGAAUGAUUCCAAUAUAAGUAGAGCACCCACAUGAUUUCAUGUAUAUUUGCCUAAUAUCAGAUUGGAAUAUUACCUACCAAGAAAGAUAACAUGCCAUAUAAUGGAAAAUCACUGGUGCGUUUCUAAUUUCUUUCUGGCCAUUCUUGACUAUUUAGUUUUUAUGGUAACAGUGAUGUACUAUGAAAGUGGUAAGAAAGUAAAACUCAUUUCUCAAUAUAGGCUAAGGUUAAUAACUCAGAUUGUGUCGUGUACAUUUUUAUGUACAUCUUACCUGAGCAGAUUGCAGUUGAUCACUCUUCCUCCGCACAAUGACAGGAAAGUAGGCUGACUGUCAGAUUUUUCUUUCUUCUCCUUAGCUAUAUAUCACAACCCACUUGUGUCUCAGUCGUUAAUGUAGUCACUCUGGUGGGAGGAGAACCUGUGGAUUUAGCUGGCUGGCACUUAGCUGUUACCUCUGGAACUGUGUUUUGUUUAUUAAAAUUAUUCGUAUACUGCCUUUUAUUUCAAAGAAAUGUCAGAGUAGUCUACAGAAUAAUAAAACAGGAUGUAAUUAAAUAGAACAACAAAAACCUUUUCAAUAAAAAUAUGUAUCAGUCAAAGUAACCAGAAAUGCCAGGAAGUGGGAUUAACAGUUGGGGAAAGUUCAGGUAAAGAGGUAUAUUUUUAAUUAUUGGCAGAACCAUUUAGCUAUCAGUGCCUGCCUUAUCUUCAUAGGGGGAUUAUUCAUUCUCUGUAGUCGCCACCAAAGAAAAAGCCAUUUUGGUGUUUUGUUUAAUACUCUGAACUACUCUUCCACCAGCUACGUUGUUGUUCUAGGAAAUUAAAUUCCUUUUUACUUUGCUUGUAGCCAUUUUGUUGGGUUGUGAGGAAAUCCUGGCUGCUAAAAAGGUGCACAGAAUUUUCAUCUACAGUUUGGGUAGGACCUGAAUGAAUGGAUUCAAGUUACAAGAAAGGAGAUUCCAACUAAAUACAGUGGAACCUCGGUUGUCGAACGUAAUCCAUUAAGGAAGACCGUUCGACUUCCGAAACAUUCAACAACUGAGGCACAAUGGGCGGUCGGCAGUUUCAAUGGAGAAACGUGCCUUGGAAGCCAUUCGACUUCCAAGGCGCAUUCGAAAAUGGAAGCAUUCACUUCUGGGUUUUCGGCGUUUGGGUUCCGAAUCGUUCUGCUUCCGAGACACUCGAAAACUGAGGUUCCACUGUAUUAGGAAGAACUUUCUGGUGGUAAGAGUUGUUCAACAUUGGAACAGACUCCCUCAGAAGGUGGUGGACUCUCCUUCAUUGGAAGUUUCUAAGCAGAGGUUGGGUGGCCAUCUGUCACGGAUGCAUUAGUUGUGAUUCCUGCAUUUAAAUUUUUCUCUGAUGUUUAUUUUCCUUUUGUCUUUUUCCUUUUAUUUUCCGUUGCUCCCCCCCCUUUCUCUUUCCUCUCUUCUUGUUUCUUUCCUUUUCUUUUUUCUUCUUUUCACAUUCUUUGCCUUCUUUCUUUUUUCAGUGGAUAUAUUUAGCUCCAAGGUUUGUGUACUCAUGGGUGGGAGACAGGGUAAUGUUGGUCUUCCAGGGUGAGAGGUUAGGAGGAGAAAGGAAAGAUGCCAGGUGAGAGCUGGGAGGAGUUGCUACCUUCUGUUGGAAGUGGGGGCUGAUAAUUGUUUUUAAGAGAGGACUUCAUUCUCUUGUUUUUAUUUUUUUGUAAUUGUUAUCUUAUUGUAUUGUGAUGAUGAUGGUAAUAAUAAUAAUAAUAAUAAUAAUAAUAAUAAUGGCUGAAGGUGUGAGGAAAUUCCACGAUAAUGGAAUUUUUCUUGUGCACCUCUGAAUCCAAACCAAUGAAUACUUUAUGGUCCAAUUUCAUAAAACUUUAAAAGUAGAUACUAAUGAUCCUGUUUGGAAAGGACAUGCUAAUUAUGUGUCAGAGUAUAAUGUUUUCUGCCAGAAUAUAAUGUUGCAUUUGACAAGGCUGCACUUCAUUUAUUUGUAUAUGGGAACUCUUUUACCCCAGAGUUUUUUCUGUCACUUCAAAGUGAGGAAUAGAGCACAGGUUUAGGGAUUUCAUAUGCAGGAUAAACACAAUAGAUCCAGAUUUUACUGUUACAUUUAAUAUGUGAGUCAAGUGUGCAGACCUGUUCCUUCUGUUGUCAACUAUAUUAAUAAUGCAAAAUCUUUGACAAGCUGGUUAAUCUCUCAGAGGGUUUUGAAAGAACAUUUAUGUUGACUGUAGAAUUUGAUUUACUGGAAUUUAUUGGAAAUAGUUUGUGUGUGUGUGUGUUUAAAAUCGUUUGGUUUAUUUUUAGUGCUGUUACUGGCAUCCUAUUAUUAUUUUUAAAAACUGCAACACCUGGCAGAUUAGUAACAUCAGUUGAAAUUGGUCAGACUAAUUGACUAUUAAAUCAUUUUACUUUUUCACGAAACAGGAAUUUCUAUUAGGUCACAUAUAACUUAAGUCCAUUGAGCUCAGUGGGUCUGUUCUGAGGAUGACUAAUAUUGGAUCUUACUCAUUGUUUAUUUGUUUGUUUAUUACAGGAGUUUUAAAAAUAAAACUUAGAAUAUAUGCCUUGAAAACUUCUGGCAGGAGUAUACAUUCAGUGAUGAUAUAUGUGAACAAGAGACUUGAAUUGAAAAUUCUAAUUUGACUUUUAUGUUUUCAGGCUCGGAUCGCAUUUUUGCAAGGUGAAAGAAAAGGUCAAGAAAACUUGAAGAAAGAUUUAGUAAGAAGAAUAAAAAUGUUAGAAUAUGCAUUAAAACAAGAAAGGUAUGUGUACCAUUUCUCUAAUCUGAGAAAUUUAUUGGAUAUUUUAAAAUGUACAAUUCCUGUAAGGAAAUUGGCCGCAGGUUAGAAAAUAUAUUGACUAAAAGAAAAAGGGAAAAAGCAAUCCACUUAAUGUUUACGUGGCAAAAUCUCAUUUCUGAGUUGGAUCUGCCCAAAAUAAACUCUCCUGUUACUUGAAGUGCUUUGACAACUUAGUUCAACAUUGAAACUCACAUCAGCAAUUUCUGCCAUCAGUUUUUUGUUGCAGACACUGGGAUUGUUUCUGAAUUCCACUCUGCACUAUUUUCUUAGGGAGAUAGCCACCUAAUCGUGCAGUGGAUUUCUGCUUGCACAACAGGACUUCUUUUCUGUUGACAUUCAGAUCACAUUUUGGGGGCAUGUUGGGUUCUGUACAGGAAAGGAGGAAGAGGAAGUCCCAUUCUGCAAGUGAAAAUCUGCCUGUGCAACACUGGCUGCCACUUUUAUGUGUGUGUUUUUGUAUGCAAUGUAAAGUAUUUUAACUUACCAAGACUUGAUUAACAGAAAUUAAUCCAUGGGCCUUUUCUCCCUUAUAAUAAUUCUUACUGUAACGUGUUGUCAUAGAUGUGAUAAGUAAAGGAGCCUGAUGGGAUGAACAAUGUCAGAUUAUGAGUAUACUUGGACACUGUAUUUAAAAUCCCACAGAUGUGACAUUCCAUUUUUUUCAGAUAUGUGGAAAGCCUCCCUUUUUCCUAUGACAGCACUAUUGUGAAUGCUUCCUGCUUAAGAAUUUUGCUGCAGUAAUGAUCAUGACAGUUGCAAAACAGUAUCUAAUGACUGAACAGAAGCAGUAAAAUCUCUGAAAAGUUACAAGUUAAAGGAAAUGAAAAAGACAUUUUGUUACAAUUUGGGAAAGUAACAUUUUCUGACUUAAUAGGGAAGUUGCAAGCUUGUAAAAGAAGCAUGCCUGCUUGAGACUUACAGGAAUAAUAGGAGUUUAUAGAAAUGAAAAUUUUAAAAAUGCAAGAGAGCCAAGCCUUCAUGGCUACAGUGCUUCAAUGCAGUAUAGUUGUGCAAGCAGAAAAUGAUUAGACCAUCAGUUAAGAAUUCUACACUUCCACUCUCUUUAAUGAAAGGCAGGAAGUCACUGGGUUCAAACAAUGCCCUGUUUAGCAUAUACUUAACCAUCCUCAAACACAGCAUUUAAAAUAGAAACAAAAUGGAUGGGUAGCUGUAGCUCAAUUGCAAGGUUCAGAAAAAGGGAACUAAAUGAUCAAGGGAGUUAGGGCAGGUACCCUGUGAGGAAAGGUUGCAGGAUGGAGGAAUUUUUAGUUUCAGAGAAAAUCUGAAUAAGAGGUGACAUAGAAGUUCAUAAAAUUAUGCAAGGCAUAGAGAAAGUGGACAGAGAAAAUUUUCUCUCCUCUUGUACCACUCAACGUUGUGCAUAUCCAUUGAUACUGAAUGUUGAUAGACUCAGGAAAGAAAAUAUUUCUUCACAUAACAUAUAGUGGAAGAAGUGGAAGAAGGUGGAAGAUAGGCCUAUCCAGCGUUACUGGUCGUGAUGGCCAUUGGAGCCGGUAUGCUUCUGAAUACCAGUUGCUAGAAAUAGUAGGAGUGGAGAGUUCUCUUUUGGAGGAGUGGAGAGUCUCUCCUGCUUGCAGAUUUCCACAGGCACCUGUGGUUGGCCACUGUGACAACUGGAUGUUGGCCUAGAUGGGCCACUGAGAGUAGAUUUUCCCUUGGCAUUUCAGUGCCUGACAUCUGCUUAGUCAUUUAAUGAUUACAAUUUCCUGUUUGUUUUAGGAAGUGGGUGACUCUUUUGGUACUCCUACCUUUUUCACUAGGUCAUUACAUGAAAUAAAAUUUUGGAGGCUGUAUGCAGAGUCACGUGUGUCUGUUUUACAGUUAGAGAAAUGAGGUAAAACUAUUUUUCCGUUGUACAUUUGUGGUUCUUAUUUUUUAGAGAACACCAACUGCCAGAAAUAGCUGCUAUGGAUAUGUACUUAACAGGAAUAUUAAUUUGUAGUAUGUUGCAUCUGAAGCAGCACUCAUACUGUAUUGCCCUUCUCCCUUCUGCCCCCUGGAAAGAAUCUCCUGAGAGUGGAGGCCAUUCGCGAAAGAUUUUCCCUGACCUAUAGAAGAAGCUUUAUGGGGCUGCAGAGAGAAGAAGGGGACAAGGAUUCCCCUUGCAUGUGUCUUUGUGAGCAUUGCUUUUAGAUGCAAUGCAGUGGGAAAACACAGAGGGAAUUAAUUUUCAUUGCUGAUCAAUAUGUUUAUGUUUAAUUUUUUAAGGGCAAAAUAUCAUAAACUAAAAUAUGGCACAGAACUGAACCAAGGUGACUUGAAAAUGCCAACUUUUGAAUCAGGUAACAAACUAUUUGCAACCGUUGAAUUUAGUUUAAAUUCUUCUAUUGCUCACUUUUUAUAUCGAGAGAAAUCCCUUCCCAACUGUGUAAGCAGUAUCUUUGUACAGAUCCAAGUGAAUUUAUUUCUAUGCUAGUUUUUCUUGUAUGGCUUUGUCUUUAUGCUUUGAUUAAUUUUCAGUAUGAUUUAUAAGUAUGAUUAUAAAUCAGAGAUAGAUCUCAGUACCUGGGCUGAAUGAUGGGGUAUGUGGAAACACUCCUUCAGAUGGCCCUAAUAGUAUGAUAUCCAGAUAUUUGAAAAAAUAGGAAAGCAGAGAUUCCGAGAAACAAAGAAGAGAGUAUGUAUGUGCGUGCGCGUGUGCGCAUGCAAAUUCACAAAUGAUAUUCUGCUAAAAGUAUAAAGUCCUCAGGAAAAACUGGGGAAGAUAAAAAGGAACAGGUCCAUAAAGUAUCUUGUUAGUUUUUGAAAAAGCAGAGUCUUGUAUGGAGUAAGAGCAAAAAUUCCUUGGCUGUUACUAUCUCAGGGUUUAAGUGCAUCCCCAUGUAUAAACAAACGUUCACAUGGAAAGUUGGCAUAGUAGGAGUAUAUGCAUAUCAGAAGCUAUAGCGUAGUCUUCCAAAUAUGCUUGCUUUCCCAUGCAUUUUUAACUGGGGAGCAUUCAAACAUGUAACCUUUAUGUGCAAUCAGAAGCGAUAAAAAACAUAUCAACUAAAAAUAGAAUUAGUUUUUCUGUCACUGUUUCAUUUUCUACUUUGCAGCCAAAUGGCUCUUAAAGACAAAAAACAAACAAACCCUACAAAUUAAACCAGAUCCUUAAUGGAGCAGAAUCUUCAUCAAAAUAAUAUCGACAGGACAUAGAAUAAGUAAAAUGUACUAUUCUGUGUGCCGCAUUCUGUACAAGAUUUGCAGUGAAAGUGUUACUAAAGUGUUAUUUUGCAUUUCAGAAGAAACCAAAGAUACAGAGGUUCCUACAGUACCUCAUAAUAGUCAGCUAACCUGGAAGCAAGGCAGACAGUUAUUAAGACAGUAAGUGUUACAUUUGUAUACUUUUCAUAUAUUUAUAUAUACUGUAUUGUUUUAUUUUGAAAUUGUUUUAUGAUCGCUUAUGGUAGCCUAUACACAUAGAAGCAAGUAUUUUAAAAUAUGUCUUUCUUAUGGGGAAGUGUUGCAUGGGAAGGAACACUUGGAAGUGCAAAUCAAUAGAGCCUGGAGGCAAUUCAGUAAUUUGUUUUUAAAAACCCAAAACAAUUCAGUAUUGAUACCGUAAAUCCUUGUAAAGCACAUCUUAUUUAGAUAUGUGGGAGUUUGUGUAUGUAUAUGAAGAUAAUGCUUUCACUCUUAUUCAUUAGGUAUCUUCAGGAAGUAGGUUACACAGAUACAAUAUUGGAUGUACGGUCACAGAGGGUGAGGUCUUUACUUGGGCUUUCCAGUUCAGAACCAAAUGGCUCAGUGGAGACAAAAAAUUUGGAACAGAUUCUUAAUGGUGGAGAAUCAAAACAAAAGGGACAGGACAAUAAAAGGUAGGCAAUGCAAUGUUCUUUAUUCAUUUAAAAAACAUAUCCUGUCUUUUGGCUGAAGCAGAUGUCUAUAUAUACCUAAAAACUGACAUCUUUUUUAUCUAGAAGAAUCUACUGCAUUAGAAAGUGAUAAUUAUAAUAUGUAUAAAUCCAAGAUGUGUUUCUUCACUUAGAGGGUGCUUCUAUUUUCAAGUGAGAAGCAUUCUGGGCCUUCAUUGCAUGUGAAUUGCUGCUUACUUUCCUCAGGGGAUCUUUGGUCUAGUUUGGAGAUACUAGAAGCAACCAUCCUGCUUUUGCUGUCUUCUAGACCUGACACUUUUUACCACUUCCUUCAAACUGUGGCACAGACAACCUGCUACAGACUGAGAAAAAAGCAACAUACUGCCCUGCCUUCCUAGAGAAUAAAAAAGUGGAAGGAGGUGAGGCAGUAAUUCAAAAAUACCUGUUCUGUGUGCCAAAUCCUCGGAGGAAAAAUCUGAAAAUUUAGCUAGAAAUCUUUGAAAUCCCAUAUUCCUUGUUGUCUUUGUGCAUAUCAAUGAGAUUUUUAAAAGGGUUUUCUUGACCAUGGAAUCUUAAUUCAGAAAGCAGCCAUAGCUGUUUACCAACAUUGAAAAUAUUUUUCUCUUGUAGGAACCCUGGUGAUGUUCUUGAAACAUUUAAUUUCUUGGAAAAUGCAGAUGAUAGUGAUGAAGAAGAAGAGAGUGACAUGAUAGAAGAUAUUGCAGACGGAAAAGAAAAACACCGGAUAAAUAAAAAACACAAAGUAAAAAAAAGUCUUAGUUUUAUUGUUCUGUUGUUCAACCCAACAGCACAGAUAGGGUCAUCUUAUUACCACUGUCAGUACACAGCUAGUAAUCCAACAGAUUUUGGAAUAAAGUUAAUUGAACCUACUUGAAGAGUUUAAGACUGUAACUUCUGCAGUGCUUCCCUGAACUGAGGUAAAGCAGGCUGAAAAUAACUGGCUGGAAUAGGUACAUAAUGUAUUGAAAUGUAGAACAUAUAAUGCUUCCUUAUAUCUGUUCAGAUGGUUGAAAGUCAAUAUGGCAUGGUGAUUGAGUGUUGAACCAGGAUUGGAAAGACCCUGGUUCUAAUCUCCACUCAACUAUGAGGUUCACUGGGUGGCCUAUGGUAAUCUCUAUUUUAGUCUAAUCUCCCUCACAGUGCUGUGAAGAUAAAUAGGGUGAGGGAGAUGAUAUAUGGUGAGGGAGAUGACAAGGUGCACUAUCUUGAAGAUCUUUGAGGAAAGCGGGUGGUAUAAAUGAACUAAGUAAACCAUUUCUUUUGCACAUCACAGUAACCCACAGUUUAGUGCUACAAGCUGCAGUGAGCCUUGAACUCCUCUCAUGUGGCUGACAGGAGAAGUUUGAAAGCUUAUGCAUCUGCUUUUACGUGGUUUCCUGUUUUGCCCAGUCUAGCAACUGUGAUUUAUUCUAGUUACGGUGAGCUUCAACAAGCCAGAUUUAAAACAGUGGUUUGAAGUUGUCUUGCUUGAAAUUCGCCUUCAUUACAGUUUGUUGCACCAGACAACACAGCAGUUAAAGGAAAGUAAACACAAUAGCUUAUGAACGCCUUCUAAGUGGGGAGAGGAGUGUGUCUGGUUCCCCAUUGUCAUGUACAUCGUGCCAAUCCACUGGUGGGGAACCAAACAACUGAUUAGAUGAAGAAAAAUUUGAGUGUUUGAGGGGUUAAUAAUAUGGAGGCAUCAGUAGUAAAAAGGGUUCUCUACUACAAUCACAAACCUGUGUUUUCAGAUAGUGUGUCUCCUUAUCAGCACUAAAACAAUUCCUUGCAGAUUUUAACUUCAUAUACAUAGCUGUAGAGUAAUAGCACAGUUUAAUCUCCUUCCAUAUUUAUUAUUUUAUUUGUAUACUGCCCAUCAUCUGACCUUCACAUAGUAGUUCACAACCCAAAAUACAUAACACAAACAAACAAAAAUAAACUAAGAAGCCCCUUUCUACAAACACAUGUAAUGGAUUAAGUACAUUUAAUGCAUUGCUCUUUAUUUUAGACAAAAUGAUAUUUGUAUUCAGAAGUACACCAAAUGGCAAUCUUGGGGGAGAACCUAAAAAACAUGGUUUCUCAAAGCGUAUUGUCCCUAAAACUGAUUAUGUCACAAUCUAUUUUAGAUUGGAAAUGAAGGGCUAGCAGCUGACCUAACAGAUGAUCCAGACACAGAAGAAGCCUUGAAAGAGUUUGAUUUCUUGGUAACUGCAGAAGAUGGAGAGGGAGCCGGAGAGGCAAGGAGUUCAGGAGAUGGGACAGAAUGGGGUAAGAAGUGUAAAGAAACAAUCACAUAAAACUUAAAGAUAAUUCUCUGUGUGCCCGCACAUAUGCAUCAAAACCAAAAACUGAAUUAUUUGUGGUAUUCAGAUGCUAUAAAAAAGGAAAGGGAAAAAAAGAAUGAAUGGUAGAUUUCAUACUCUUUAAUUACAAAAGUCUAAAUGUAUUCAGAUUUAAGUAUGACAUCUGUUUCUCCUUGUAUUCCAUUUCCCUGUGUGCUCUUAUUUCUUAGAAUUUUAGCCUAAGUUUGGUGGUCAACCUUUUAUUUCUUAUCCUAUAUCUUCUAUUCUUUCCUUGCUUAAGCAGAUAAUAAAUUUUCCAAUCAUUUGGGUGGUUUUCUAAAUAAGUAAUUUGUUUUGUUUUUAUUUGUUUAAGAUAAACUAAUACUGGAAGCAGAUGGUGCAUUUACUGUUGGCAAGACCGGCAGCUUAGUGUUCUAAAUUGGUUAUCUUUUCCCAGAAUAUUUAGUGAAUUUUAAAAUAAUGCAAUAAUAUAAAUAGUAAAAAAGCAUACUUACCUAGAAGUUCCAUUGAAAUCAAUGGGACUUACUUUCAAGCAAGGUAGCUAGGAUCAAGGUGCCUGUAGUUAUAAACAAAGUAUCAGAAGUGAGAUCACUAUAGAUGUAUUGUGUAAUAUAAAGUAAGCUAUUUGUUGCAAAGAUAGCACUUAUUUAUGUGCUUUUAUUCCCUAAUUUGCAAAUAGUAAAAUUUAUUUCCUGAAUUCAAUUCGCUUGCCCCAAUUCAGAGAACUCCACAUAUAACAAAAGGCUACAAAAGUGCCUGUUGUCUGUUGUGACUGCUUAUUUGGAAGUGUAGAGCUGAAAGCCUUUAUAAUCUGUUAACAAUGUAGGCUAGUGCUCCUCAAAACACCCAGGGUGUUAAAUGUAAGGGUCUUUACCCACUUCCUAAUGUCCUAGAAAUUGAGUAGAUGAGCGCGCUAAAGUGUUUCUGUACUUUGAUUAAUUUAUCUGGAUUUGUGUGGCAAACUUGGCUUUAUAACAUAAAACUUUUCUUUUUGAACUAGCAGUAUUAGUUUUUGUAUUGAGCUGUAGCACUUCAAUCAAGAGUUCAGAAUGCUGAAAUAGAAAGAUCAAACACUAAUUUAAUCCACCAUUUAUUUUAAAAAAUUAGGCCACUGUUUAGAUGUUUAUCUAAAAGUCAUGGAACAAGUCUUAUGCCAAGAUGCUUGGCCGACUCCAGACUUUAUGCUGGCGGAAGCAUCCCGCUGGGAUUGUAAACUGCAGAGCCAUACUUAUUUAGGUGUCAAAAAGUAUUGAUCCAGUUCAGUCUGCUUGAUAUUUCGUAAUGCCAUAUCUUCACGAUUCCUGGAUCUUUUAGAUUUUCCCAUCACUGAUAGGCAACUGUUCCCAUUUUUGAGCAAUACGGUCUUAAUCAGCUCUUCCCAGCUGUGUAAUGGUUUUCAUGUUGACCUCUGGCCCUUGGCUGAGAACCUCAGAAUGGGAAACCUAGAGGAGGCAGACACUGAAAAGCUCAGCAGUCCCAGCCAUGCCCUUCCUGCAGUCAACAGAGUUUGGUGCAAGGGGUGCUCCUGUCAGCAGGUGGGAGGUUCUCUGCUUUGUCUGCAGCUCUUUGUGCCACUUCUGACACUGCUCCAGAGGCUUGGGGGACCCUCCAGAGCUGUGUAGGAAGGUGGCACUGGGGGCUGCAGAGGCUGGGGGAAAUCAGCAGAGUCAGCCAGGCAAGCAGCUUUUCCCUAUCGUAUCAAAAGCAAUCUAUGGGCAUAAGGAGCCUUUCGUAUAGGAAAGGUGAAGCUUGGCUCCAACUAUUAGCAAUACCAUUUGAAAUGCAAAGAUAAAAUUUCCUGUUGGGUUUGCUGCUUUUUCUUUUAAGUGGGGUUUAUGCCACAUCUGUUACUUGUGUCUGUUUCGGCAUUUAUAUUGCGAUUUAGUUAUUUUUGAUAAUGAGGGUUCAAGUACCACUUGGGCAACAAUCUACCUUUUCUCCUAGUAUUGUCUGUUUUUCACCCCUCCACUGGGUGAUUAACCAUACUUCUGCUCAGUGAAAUUCUCCUGGUGGAUGAAGGGAGCUAGUCACAACUGGGUUAAUAUUUCCAACUGGCCUAGACAGGAAGCUUUUCAAGUAAUUUGCUUGUACUCCUCAUCUCUUCUAGGCUUCAGUUUAGUUUCCUAUCUGACUCGGGGCAGAAGCUGAUUUUUCUCAUUUUGCCCAUCCAGAAAUAAUUUAAACUACGUCCCCCCUAUUUUUCACAGCUCCUCUGUUUUUAGCUCCUUUAUUUUUCCAGCUCCUUCUUUAAGAAAGUUUUUCCCUUGAGGCUUGGCUUCACCUCCCACUGCAUGCCUCCCCAUCUGUUGUUAUUCUUCGGACUCUUGUUUGGAUACUUGUUUGGAGGGAACAAAGAUUGGCCCUGUUUUAGAGUUUUUUAUAGUGCCUGGAUCCCCCAAACCACCUAUUCUUGUUGUAAAGAUUGUAUUCAGUAGUUUUCUAAAGCAUCUUUCAAGGUUGGGACAAAAAAUGAAAGUGAGGUCUCCUGCAAGAGAGGAGGAGCAGCACAUGCAAAUUACUUGAAGAGUUUCCUAACCAGCUUUAUUGGAGGCAUUUGUCCAGUGGUGACUGGCUCUCUUCAUCUUCCCAAGAAGUGACCUUCAUGACAAACAGAAUUUGUAAUGAAGAAAAUGGAUAGUUGAUUUUCACAGAUUUCUCCUUCCCCAUGCAAUCCCCUGAAAAGGUGUUGCUGGGAGCUGCAGGGGGAAUCCAUUCUAUCCCCCUUUUUCCUGUGGGGAGCCUCUGCUGAAUCCCACGCCCGUCUACCAUAUCUCAGGAGAGCUCUCUGAUUCUCAGGAGAGGCUUUUUUGGAAACUGGGGGGAACAAAGGUCUCCUACUGCCAGACCCUUUAUGUAAGAGCUUCUUAAGAUAAAAGCCAUUGAAUGUGUUGCCACUUCAGAUUGUUUUCUUGAUGCCCACAUAAAUCCGCCCAUAGGGAGUUACCGUAAUCCUUUUUUAAAAAAAAUUUGAGCAAAAUCUAAUGAAAUUGACUCUUUCCUAAUUCAUGUUGGGUGGGAAGAACUCGAAUUAAGUACAGCUGCUUCUUCAUCACUAGAACAUAGGCUUUACAAAUCAGAUAAAUUUGAUCAGUUAACUAGAGUUGUAUCAUUAUUAAUAUAAAAAGCAUAGGAAUCUGUCAGACCAAUGGUCCAUCUAGCACAGUUUUGCCUAUAGUUAAUGUCAGCAGCUCUUUGGAGUUUCAGACAGGAAGUACUUUCCAGCUUGUCUGGCAGGUGCUGGGGACUGAAUCUGUGACCCUCUGCAUGUGACGCAAAUGUUCUGGCACUGAGCUGUGACCCUUUCCCAUUCCUUUGGUAGUACUUAGUGUACUCAGCACCAGAAACAGUUUAGUCAUGCUGGCCACAUGACCCGGAAAACUGUCCGCAGACAAAUGCUGGCUCUCUCUGCCUGAAAGUGGAGAUGAGCGCUGUAGCCCAUAGUCAAAUUUGACAGGACUUAACCGUCCAGGGGUCCUUUACCUUUAUGUUUACCUACCUAUUCAGUGUAAGGAACAAAGGGGAGAGAGAAGUGAAGAAACUCGUUUCAGCAUCCACCCUGUGCAUUUCACGUUGCUGUCUUGGUGAAGUCCUAGCACCUUUCCCCAAUAAUUUUGUGGCAGCAAGAAAAGUCUUGGAUAUUGCAAAAGGAUUCAUUCCAUUCAGUUAGCAUAUGAUCUCAGUCCAUGCUUGCUCCCUUGUCUGCCAACAGGUAUUGGUUGUUGUAAUAGACUUUAUUCAGCAGAUACUUGAAUAGUAUGUUUGCCACCAAUUGGAAUUGCUUCUUGGGGAUCCAUUCCUUAGGUGUUUCUAGUAGCAGCUUUUGUGUUCUUUUAAUGCAAUUUUAUCCCAUGCUCAGGCAACUAUAAAAAUGCAGUCUUCCUUCAGUGAACCAUGGUUAAGCCCAGUGUGUAAGCAUCAUUCCUAUGGUCACGUGGGGAUCAUCAUAAUUUAAUUUAAUGGUUGAUUUCUAGUAGAGAGGAAGCAACAUUAAAGUGUCCUUCUGAACACCUAUUAUUAAAUAUAGCAUUUAAAUUGAUUCUCUACCUGAUCCUAAAUAACUUACUCACUUGAAGCAGAAAUAAUAUAACAUUUGGUUAAAACUUUUGAGAGUAUUCAGAUCACACUUGUUUUGAUGAAAUCAGGUGUGGACCCCUCUAAUUUUACAUCACCAGCUAUCUGCUCCUUCAUAAGUAGCUGGAUAUAGUGCCAAAUGAUGGUGGAUAGUGGCUCUUUUUGUUUGUUUGAACCCAGCCAGGUCCUAUCUUGCAGAAUCUCCUAGUUCUCAAGUCAACUUCUUUCCACAGUAAGAUAGUCAGAGAAGGAAGUGCACACUUACUCCUAAGCUUAUAAUGUGUAUUAUCCUGGAAGUGUGAACUAUCUCGUAAACAGGAAUAGAGACUGAAUAAAACAAAAAAGUACUUAAUUGUGUAGGAAAGAAAUCGGGUACUUAUGCUUGCUUGCCUACACUAUUAAUAGGAAUGCUGGCUGGGGACUUCUAAGUUGCAACCUAAUCCUUUAUAUACUUCGAAAGGAGCAGGAGUAAGGCAGUGAGGAGGAGCACAGCUGCACACCUGGCUUUCCAGCAGCAGAGAGCUUGGAGCUGUGUAGUUGCAGUAGGGCUGCAGUGCCUCUAGACUCCACUGAUCUGCCCACUUUGCAUUGACUUCACUUGCCUCUUAGAGGAGACCAGCUGUGUGGUGCCACCACUCCUCACUGACUGCUCCUGGAAGUAAGUACUGUUGAGUUCAAUAGGGAUUAGUUCCAAGUAAGUAGAGCACAAGCAUUAAUCUUACAAAAAUCCACCUUGGAUCAUGAUUUACUAGCUCAUUAAAAUAUUUAUGUUUCAUAUGCUCAGAACACAUCUAUUGACCUUGCUGUAGAGUGGAAGUGAGCUCUCUUUCCUUACAAGCUUUCUCAACUAAGUGUGCCUGUGCUAAUUCUUUUAAGAUAACACCAUACCCAAACUUAUUUCAUACAGACUCAGUGUCUUCAGUGGAAGUUCUAUGCAAUGUGUUUUAUAAUAUGGGUAUAAAUGCUUUAAUGUUCGUUACUUAAAUUAUAAAUGUAGACAAGCCUAUUCUGCCAUCACUUUAUUUUUUCCAGAAUUUGUCGUGACUGCUUGAGUUACAGCAUACAUAGAACUGGUGCACUUUUUUAAUUAAAAAAAGGAAACACUAUGAAUUUCGUUAAUGUUUUUAAUAACCUGAAACAAAAAAAACCCCUUCCCUUUAUGAUGAUUUAGAUGUGUUUUAGCACUACUAGAUCUUAUUGCAUGUAGAGCAAGACCGGAGGAGAAAUGCAUGGUAGUUUUCAUGAACAAAAUGGUGCUGACACUUAAUUCAGUUGCACAUUCAUGAGUUGUAUUGCAUGGAAAAUAUUGAUUUGCUUAUUUAAGUCUGGCUGAAUAAUUUGUUAAUAUUGUCUUACUAAAGAUGCAGUAUUUUCAUACAUUAGCGUUAAUCCAUUAAUUUUUUCAUAUCAGUGAAUGCAAAGAAGUUUUUCUUCUUUACUGUUGACAAAUUAUUAUAAUGUGUGGGGAAUAUUUCUUUUUACCAAAAGGGAAGCAUUUUGCAAAACAGUAACAAACUGCACCUUUAUAAUACUGAAAUGUAACUGAAUAACAUUUUGUAUUGAUGAUUAACCUAUAACACUCACAGACAGCUUGCAUUGCCAACUGCUGAUUAUUUUUGUUUCAAUAAUAUGCUGCAUGUAGACAAAGAUGACCUGUCCCCAACUGCUGAGGUUUGGGAUGUAGACCAGGGACUAAUAAGUAAACUGAAGGAACAGUACAAGAAGGAACGAAAGGGGAAGAAAGGGGUAAAGAGUAAGUGCAGAUUCUGAAUUUUGACAGGUUUUUUUAAAAAUGUAUUCUGUUUUUACUGCUCCAUUUUAACACUUUGCUAUUUGGGGGGCAACCAACUUUAACUUUCCAACAUAAAUAUGCAAAUCAGAACUGCAUCUCAAAUGAAAUUUAAAUAUGCUAACCUGGUGAAGGGAGCAGGAGGUGGACCAGUUGCUUCAGCAUUGCUUAGGAACAAUUUGGAAAGAAAAUGAGAACUUGAAACCUGAGACAAAUUAAUAGUGUUGUGUCUUCCUUUGUCUGUUUGCCAAAGUUAGUAGAGUUGUUUUUUUAAAAGGACUUUGAGGAAGCAAGAGAGUUUUCUGUCUGUGAAAGGUAUUUCUAACAACAGUCUGCAGAUUUUGGCUUGGCUUACUAAUUAAGGACUAGUACUAGGACUUGGGAGGAGCCAUAUCUCAUUGCACUUCACACUGCUACUGCUAAAAUAUCACUUGAAGUGAAGUGGGAAUAAACCGUCCCCAAAAUCCUCAUGCUUGCAGAGGGUUUGGAGGGACAUUAUCUUUUCUACCAGUUUGUGCUGACUUUGAAGAAUGAAAGUAGCAAAAGGGAACCUGAGCAAAAGGGGCUGAGCUUUGUCUGUGGCUUUGUCAACAGCACGAAGAGUCUCGUGCUGCUUCUGCAAAAGCCACCCAGAAGUAAGAGUUUUAUCCUUUCUCUGCUGAUCAUGGAGAACUCUGGGAAAAGGAUAGUUGUCGGUGCAGAAGGAGCUGCUCCUAUUAACGAUCAAGCAAGUCUGUAUGAGUAGCCCUGGCAGCUAAUUUUGUAGCUUAAUUUUCACCAUGCUGAGUGUGGGGCUGAUAAAUUCAGCAUCUUCUUCGCUCAAACACUACUGGGAUGACAAGAGUCUGCAGCAGUCUUUCAUUUUUUAAUCUGAGAAUCUCAGUGAUUCUCAAACUCGGCAGUGGUGGAACACACAGUAGGAACUUGAAAUGGGGAAAGGAUCCUGCAGCAUAGAUAGAGAUCCUUUCCUCCCAUGAGCAAAUAUUUAGCACUGUAAUCACCAAACCUGCUGUGAUAACCAUAGAAGCUGCAGAAAGUCAAGGAACAGAUCGGAGCUUCUAGCCACAUCAACUGCUAUCGCCCUGCCAACUAGUUUGAGAUGUCCUAUUCUAGUUCUCAUCUUAGGCAGUGUUGGAUUAGUUCACUAGUCCACAGAUUCUUAAACACAUCAGUUUCCAAGAAUUCUGUUCAUUCAUAUUCUGCAGCAAUAGUUGCAGGAGGACUUGGAACAUAGCCAGGGUUUUUAAGCUGGGGUUUGAGAAAUGCUGCCUAGCCAAAUAAACUUUGGUCAAGAUAGAAAGUAGACUUAAGGCAGAAGAAGCAGAAAUGUAAAAUAUAUACAGGGGGCAAAUCCAACACUGUGUGAACAGACUUCCUCUCCCCCUGCCCCCAAAUCUGCUUCAGAAUGUUCACUAAACUUCUGAAACAAAUUUUGAGGGUGCAUGGAGGUCUGUAGGCGGGGGAGAAAGAAAGGUGAAAGCAAAUAUCUGUUUUGCUCACACACAAACAGCAUUAGAUAUAAACAUCAGUCUGUAGAUUUGACAUUGUUGCCCAAUUAUAAUUGUGUACUCAGAAGUUAAACCCAUCAGUGAGAUUUUCUUCCACAAAUGCAUGCAUAGGAAUGCUGUUAUCAAAGCGUAUCUUUUGUACUCUUGUAGCAAAAUAUUGAUGCUAGAUUGGCUUUGUAUGCAAAUAUUUAACACUAUAAAUAGAUUUGUGCAUGCAUUUUUUUCAUUUUUUAAAAAUAGUGUUGCAUGUUCCUUGCAUUAUAUGCUUAAUCCAAUACUAAAUACUUUAUUCUGAAUGGGUCUUUCUUGCCUCCUCAGGAAAUGCCCCAUGCCCAUUAUAUAACUCCAUCCUGUGCUGACAAAUACAGAGACGUCUGUUGUAAAGUUAUUAUGGAGCUGCAAUAUAUGUUUGGAGACAGACUCUGCUUCCACAUCAAACUAUUUUGCAGCAUAUAUAUUUAAAGUAUAUAGGAUAAAAUGUUGGACUAAUGAACUGUUUUUGCAGUAAGGUGUCUAUUUCCUCACAAAUAGUAAUGAAAUGGUGUACAUGUUGCAAAUCUACAGAAAACCAAAAAAUGUAGAGAGGUUCUACAAGAGUUUAGAAAUCAGAACAGCUGGAUAUUACGGGCACAGCUGUUUUCAUUGGUUCUAAGGAAUCAGUGUCCUCUGCUUGUAAUAUUCCCAGGUGAUGCAGCUACUAAAAUAACUUCAGGCUUUUCAACAGAAAAAAAAAUCAACAGGAUGCAUCUGAUUUAUUAAAGAAAAAUGUCUUUAUAUAAAAAUGCAUAUCCCUCCUUUCCCAACAGAACCAAGGCAGCCAAAUACCACAAAGAAUGCAACUGUACUAGAACAGUAAUACAAAAAUGGUUCAUCACAUUCUGAUUUGAUCUCUACAUAACAAAUAGUUGGAACUUCCAGUGACUGCCUCUGAAAAUGUUAAUAGGUAGAAGAUAGCAUGAUGAUAUGUCAGUUCUAUAUUGAUUUCAAUGUGACAAGUACAGAGUUUGCUCUUGGGUUUCACCAGUUGGGUAGCCUGACUUAUAAAAUAUGUUCAGUCACACUCCUAUUCUUGUUAGUGCUGUUCACAGUACACUCUUGUAAUUCAGAGAACAUUCAGGUGUACCACAUUUCCCAAGUAAAGAUGACACCAGUUCAUAACACAGGGCUUCAGGUCUCAUUUAAGAAUCAUAGCAGUUAUGGAGUUCCUGUCAUGGAACACAGUAAUCUCUGUUUCUACCCAUAUCCCACAUCAUCUCUUUGUUCAGACAGAAUCACUGGGCAAAGUGAGACCCACUUCAAAUCCUUAGAAACUAGCAUUUAGGGUAUGAUUGAGCACCCCCUGUUCUAUCCUUUCCCUGUUUUGCCAGCAUUCUUGCAUUCUUUCUCUUGAGACAGUUGGCAACUGCCAUAAGACUAGGCUGUGUGUUCUAUUUACAACACAGACUUAUGAUUACUCAAGGUCCUGGUUUUAAAAUGAUUAGCACUUUAGAGUUUAUAGCCUGCGGGAUAUCACUCUGCAGCUCUCCUCUGGCUCAUCUCACUGUUCAGAUAUGCUUGCAGGUGUCUCUCAACUCCUUGUCCCAAGAGCAACUGUGUCCUUCCAAGUUCGUACUGUCCAUCAUUUUUUCUCAGUAUAGAAGUGGAAAAAUCAUAUCUUGUAUAGUUUCAGAAAAGUGCAGAGAUGAUAAAAGUUUCAAUAUUAGAUAAAAGCAUUAAAAGCUUGGUGAGGGUGACCCGUGUUCUUUCUAAAUGAAAGGGCUGUUCAUAAUUUUGGAAUAGUAACUAAAAGCUGAUUUGUCUUUUGUCACUUAAACAUACUGACAGUGGGAGGAGGCAUGGACACGGGGUAAAAGUGAAAACUAGUGCAAAGAGGGACCACAAAAUAGAAGUGAGUAGUAGUGUCAUCAGAAAUGGGGUUGGGAAGGUGAAAAGCGAAUUUAGCAGUUGCAUGGAGUGGGAAGGGGAAUGUAGUGAGUUAAUGUGGGGGGAAUGUAAUGGGUUUGGGCAACCCUAGUAUAUACAUAUAUAGCACUUUUUAGAGUGUCAGUAAAAAAUGGCAUGGUCUUUUAUUUCGCUUCGUGUAGAAUAACUCCAUCUUUUGUAAUCUAAGGACAUUGUGUUUUAUUUAGUGGUAAAACUUGGAUGAGUAGGGAUCUUGAAGUGAAAAGAGUAGUUUUAGAAUUUAUUGAGAAAUUUAUUUAUUGUAAUGAAGGACUUGUGGUUACCUGGCUAAGAAGAAGAGCUGGUAGUUCUGUCGGCCAAAACAGACUGAGGAGACUCCACCUCCUAUCUCUCUGACUUUAAAUUUAUGAUUAUGGUUUAUUAUUUAUGAAAAUUUCUUUUGGAGAUUCUGCACUCAUUUUAGUUUAAAGCACUUUAUAGGCCAGAGUAUUAAUAUGAAGCCAAGUUUCCAGAUACAAGAAUUAUUUUAUACUACUAAAAUUUCUUACAACUGUGGUAGAUGAAUAUUUUUAAAUUGCCCAAUUACCUAUUUAAAAACACAAAAGGGGAAAGUUAACAGUUUGUUGCCUCCCAGCCACCUAUUCACCUUUACUUUUGUUCCUUCUUUUGGUAAAGUUUGUUCUUUCUUGGUGAUGCUAGCUUUUAAUAUAAAUACUGGAUUUUUUUGUCAGUAUAUAAUUAAUAUGCAUUUGUUCAAGGAUUACAUUCUUAGGGAAUUCAAACAUUCAAGCUUCUCUUUUAUCUUAAGCACAGCAAAUAGCAAUUACACAAAGAACAAGUUGGAAUCCCUUUUUUAAAAAAGAGAUCUUAAUUCAUUUUCCAACACAACAUCAUGUAAAUACACACACACACACACACACACACACACACACACUCCAUCAUGUGUCUUAUAACGAGAUUACAUUCAAACAACAAUAUUGAUUAGCAAACUGGGCAUGUAAAUGGCUGUCAGGUCAAGCGGUGGCAAUCAAAUGAACCUUUGCUGCUGACAUUAAUUUACAGGGGUCAACAGGACUAAACUGCACGACAUGAUAGCUGAUCUGGGCGAUGAUGAGCUACCCCACAUCCCUUCAGGAGUCAUUAAUCAAUCUAGGUCACCCUCUUCUAGAAUGACUGAUCAUGAAGGUGCAAGAGCAGAGGAAGGUACAACAAAUUCACCUACUUAUUUUAUUUUUAGAAGAUUUUCUUUUAAAACCACACUUGUAUAGCCCCUCCAAACCCAGUGCUAACAUUUAGAUGCCAUUGUUGCUGGGCAACAUGGCUUUGCGAAAGAAUACCACUUCAGUCCUUUAGCUUUUUUGUCUUGUAUAACAGAAAUCAAUACCCAGAUUUUGUAUGUUUACUUGAUUAUAAAGCUUAAUAAUAUAACAGUGGUGCAUAGCAAAUAUUAAGCAACAAUAAGGUAAAUUGGUAAAUGAUACCCUUCUCUGAAGUUUUAUUAAUUAUACUUUGUUGAGAAUAUUUUUUUUAAAAAGUCUGUCCUUAUCCAAACAUAUUGCACCAGUGUUCAGUGGAAAUUAUUUGUGCUUUGCUCACCAUCUGAAAUAAAAUGCUGUUAGCUCAGCAUUUUAGCAUUGGUAAUCAAAGUACAUGUUCUGAUGUUUUCAAAAUUAGUCCCAAAUUUGCUCCUAAAAUAUUCCCUAAAACAAAGGAAAUCCUAUCUUAAGGACAGUUCUAUCUUAAAAAUAAAAAAUGAGGUUUUCCUUGAUAUUCAUAUGUUGGCCAUGCAAAACCCUUAGUAUGUGGUGUUUGAACAAGGUUUGUGCUUAUGCACUGUUACUGUUAGUUGUCCUGUAUUGACAGCAAAAGUUGUAUGUGCAGUCUUGUGCAAAUGGCACAUCAUGGGAAUCAGUUCUCUUCUAAAGAUGCACAGAACUACCUUGAAGCAACUCCCCAGCCUGAUCCUUUAAAAAAGAAAAGAAAUUAGGAAAUAAACCAUUGGAAGGAGGUAGUCAUUUUAAUGUAGAGCAGCUGGAUGGAUCAGUUUAUAUACAUAGAUGGAUUGGAUGUGUGACUUCAUUCUCUCACUAGAGUGCAGCAUUCCUGCACUUUAUGUUGGAAUUUUAUUCUUUUGGCAAGCUGCAUAAUGUGAAAAUAGCAUGUUGUUUUGAGCUUUGCCUUCCUUUCCCACUGCUAGUUGUAUAGUCUAUUAACAGCAGCAGUAGAUUUUUAAAGUUUUGUUUUCUUUUUGCUGUGUCUGAUUCUCCUGGUUAUUUUGCUCAUUUACUUCUGCUAGAACUUCAGUAUCAGGAAAAUACAAACUUGACAAAAUUUAGACUUCCUCAUAUUGUAGAUAGUCAAUGUAUUCAUUCUAAAAAUAAUUAAUUAUUAAAUCGCUUGGUCUAAAUAACAAUUGUGCAUGCUUUGAAAACUGAUUCCUUCAGAUUUGGAAGUAGAGAAAAGUCUGUAGGAUAGGUAGCCUGAUGAUGCCUGCUUUUGAAAGUAAAGAUACAAAGAAAACUAAAAUUGAAAAUGUGACAUUAUGGAAUGUUAUGUUGGUCCAAAAGCAGGUUAAAUUCUCUUAAAAGAAAACAAUUUUCUGAAAUUGUAAAUACAUUUGAAAGCGCCACUUCACUGAUUUUUAGCAAACUAUUGAAAAAUAAAGUAGGAAUUAGUGAGGAAAUCUGGUGGAAUGCUGUUCCACUUGAAAACGGCUUUUGCUUGGGGACGGGGAGCAUAUGCUAACCUAAGAGAAAAGGGAGUGAUUGUCUCUGAUUUUCCCUUUCCCUUUCAGCCCCCACGGCCACCUUCCAUGCUAUUCUGGAGGGUCCCCCAACCCUCUGGAAAAGUUUUUUUGGGGGGUGCAGGAGGCUGAAGUAGGAAGGGACAACUGGAGAAAAUUCCUAUCCCCUUCUCUUAAUAUAGCAUGUGCUGGAUUUAAAGCCAUUUCACUUCUACUGAAUUUCACCCUAGGCUUAAAUGAGUGAAUGCCUCUUCAUCUUAUCUCUUAAUAAUCAAGUACAGACACUGUUCAUUUGCCCUAUUAAAACAAAUCAAAACGUGAUUUUUAAAAAUAUUCAGUGAGGCAGUAGUUUGGUAAUUCUGUCCAUGCCUUCUUAAGAAGUAAGUCCAUUGAGUUCAGUGGGACUUACUCAGAGGGAUUACAUUGUUUAUAGGAUUGCAACUAUUUUGUAUUUUCAGUGAAAGGUUAUUUGAGGGGGGAAAGGCACAAAUUUCAUUUUGAAUAACAGUGCAUAAUGGCAUGUUUGAAAAGGUAAGUGAAUAUUAAACGAAACUGAAACAGCUCUGAUGCAAUAUUUAUCUCUUGCUUAUUCAUGGUCAUUAGUAAUCAAUAAAACAGAUCAGUAAAAUUAUACUCAAAAGGGGAAUCAAUGUGUGGAAAGGGAAACAAAAAAAUUACAGCAUUAUUAUAGUUACAGAUGUUAGUGACUACAAAUAUGUAAGAAGGGAUUUAUUAGUAGAUACCAUGUUUUAUUGAUGAAAUUUAACAUAUAAAUGUAAAUGUGCCAAUGCAAAAUAUACUUCUUUUGGGGAAUCGUUGAGCUUUAAUUCUUGGUUCUUAUUAAAAUCUUACCAAUUCUUAAUCUCCAGAUCUUAAUAAACUAUUUUUUGUCUCUUGUAGCUGAGCCAAUUACGUUUCCAUCUGGAGGGGGCAAGUCAUUUAUUAUGGGUUCAGAUGACGUUUUGUUAAGUGUUCUGGGCCUUGGGGACCUUGCAGACUUGACUGUAGCUAAUGAUGCAGAUUACAGUUACGAUGUAAGUAUAACUUUAUUUUAAAAUAGAUCUAACAGUAGUACAUUCUUAGAAUGUUCCACAUAAUGUAGGUCUGCAGCUAUGCACCAUGCAUAUUAUUUCAUAUGAUUAUUAUAAAUAGGUCUCCACAAUAAAAUGUAUUAAUGACACACACCAGAUAAGAUUCUUGUAAAAUCAACAAGAAACUUACUGUAGUUGGCAUUUAACGACAGUAUCUUCGUAGUAUUUACAUUGUUUCAAGUGCAUCCCGAAAAGGUUUUUAUAAUCAAAAUCCUUAAAAAGGUAGCGAGACACAUACAUAAACUGAGAUGAUGUGAAAGAAAGAUGACUCAGGUAUGAUGUAUUGUGUUGUAAUAAAGAUAGGAAUUAGGGGAGGAGAAGGACAAUGGGAUAUGGAAGUUUGUCUUCUUUAACCAUCAGAAAUCCUCUUAGGUAGCUUGUGUUUACUAAAACUUCAGGAGGCUGUCAUAAAUCCUCAACAUUUUCUAUACAAGCAGCAGAUUUAGAAAAACCUGCUUUCAAAAUGAAAAGAAAUACGUUAUCGGUAUUCUUAUAAAAAUGCAAGAGUUGGUACUGAAGGUCAUUCCACAGCAUUGCAAUGCAAUCCUAGCAGAACAGAUUCCUUGAUAACAUUUAUUGAACUUAUGCUUCAGUUUGUGUUCUGUGAUACAUGUGGCAAUGAAGAGGCCACAGCCGACAAGCUUUUAGCCGUGUGCCUCUCUUACUUAGAUGUUAACAAUAUGCAUUCUUACUUUAGCUGCCAGCCAACAAAGAUGCCUUUCGGAAAACAUGGAAUCCUAAGUAUACGCUACGCAGCCACUUCGAUGGAGUGCGGGCAUUAGCUUUUCAUCCUGUAGAGCCUGUGCUGGUUACGGCCUCUGAGGACCAUACCCUAAAACUUUGGAACUUGCAAAAGACAGUUCCUGCCAAAAAGCAAGUAUACAUUUAGAUACUGUCGAGAGAAAUCGCUGGAAGUGUCAUAUUGGGGGAGAUCAAUUAUGCUGACCUCUUUAUUUCUGACACCUUUCUUACAGGAGUGCCUCUUUAGAUGUGGAACCUAUCUACACAUUUAGAGCCCAUAUGUAAGUAUCUCCAUGUUCUCAUACAUAGAUUCCACAGGCAGACGACUGCCGGUACACCUAGAACAAACGAUGGUUAGCGCUCAGGGUUUGUCUGGAGCGAGGUGCUGGUUUUGUCACUUCUGCUUCCUGGGAGAUAGAGGAGGAGGGGCAAGGUUGGCUUGGUGCAGAUGCACCAAUAGGAGCACCGGAUUGACUUUGCCAAGGUGCUUGUGCUGACCGCCACCUUAGCGUUGCCCCGUCUCCCAGUAAGUAGCAGUGAUGCAACCAACCAGAGAUCUGUUGAGUGAUGCCAUCACACCAUGCUGUUCACUACUGGUUAUGGUUAUGGUUAUGAAGUGUUAAAAGUUGAAGUGACAAGAUAAUGUAAGAUGUGUUUGUUCCCUUGUUUCUGAUAAACGAAGUACUGUUUAUGUUAUGUGGUGGGAUGAAAUAAGGAUAUGUUGUGUAUUAAGAAUGGAAGCAGCUUUUUGUGUGUGCUGGUAACUUGCUCUUCUCUCUCAUAACUUUUCAAAUGAGUUUGUUAAAUUACCGUAUUUUUUGCACCAUAACACUCACUUUUUUCCUCCUAGAAAGUAAGGGAAAAUGUCUGUGCGUGUUAUAGAGGAAAUGCCUACGGGUGGCAUGCCUACGGAUUUUCCUCCUCUAAAAACUAUGUGCGUGUUAUGGUCGGGUGCGUGUUAUAGAGCGAAAAAUACGGUACUAAUCAUACUUACUUUAAGUUCUUAGCUGUUCCUAAGUUCUUGAUUUAGUUGAGUUUCUGUUUUUCUAAAUGAGCACCUUAUGUGUCCUUAGUAUCUAUUCUGUUAAUAGUUCCAAUUGUACUACUAAUAGGAUUUUUCCUCUCGAAUCUUUCAUAUUUUAAUGCUGAUUCUUGGCUUUUGUACUAUUUAACAAAAUUGUAAGGUUACCAGCAAGUAUGUGUGUUUAAAAGUGUAAUUUUGAUAUUCUACUCAAUCUUUGAAAUUUAAAACAAUAAAGCAAAAUUGACUUUGGAAUUUAAUGUACUGCUUUUGUGUUUUAAAACAGUGGACCUGUAUUAUCAUUGGCAGUUAGUUCCAAUGGAGAGCAGUGUUUUAGUGGUGGAAUAGAUGCAACUAUACAAUGGUGGAACAUGCCUAGCCCAAAUGUGGAUCCUUAUGAUACAUAUGGUAAGCAUUAUUGAAAUAUGUCAUAAUGUAGUUAGGUUGUUUCUGUAGUGAUCCAACUGUGAGGUUUCCAGUGCAUGGACAACUGCGGUCAAGCUAUGCUGAUCCGGGAACAGCUAUAAUUAUCCAAUCAAUUAAAAUUGGUGAAAGGCACUCGUAGCCAUGAAGGACACCUCUGCCUGCAGUGGCAAUGCUGGAUCCUAUCUAGGCAGGCAGUUUUCCAACUUCCUUGAUGUGGGAACUUAACUGCUCACCCACAGAGUCUUAGUCUUGCCAGGAGUCAGACUCUUCUUUUUUAGCCCUCAUCUAGCCCACCAUUGUAUUCAGACACCAGUCCAGGGCCUUCUCAGCUGUUCCCAAUCAGAUGUUAGUGAGAAAUAGAGUUCGGUAUCAUCAGUGUACUGAUGACACUUUGCUCCAGUGACCACUCCCAUUGGCUUCAUGUAGAUGUUAAAUAGCAUUGGAGGCAGUUUGGUGCCCUGUGGCAUCCCAUAGCUCAAAAGCCUAGGUAGGACCCACGUAGCACUCAUCCAGUGCUGCUUCCCGAAGCCAUUUGUGGAGACAAGAAAUAAGAUCAUUUAUUAUGACUAUAUAAUUUGGAAUCUCACAACAAAUUGAUAGAUUAUCCACACAGAUUUGCAUUAUAAGAACCCAUACAUCUUUUGGUAUGCUGGUUAGAAAUGCUCAAAAGAUUGACUAAUUAAUUUUGUUUUUCUUUUUUUUUCUAAAGAGCCAAACGUUCUAGCUGGCACAUUAAUUGCUCACACGGAUGCGGUCUGGGGUCUUGCUUAUAGCGGUAUAAAGAAUCACUUACUAUCUUGCUCAGCAGAUGGCAGUAUUAGAUUAUGGAAUCCACCAGAAAAAGUGCCCUGCAUUUGCACUUACAAUGGAAAUAGAGGUGAGCUGUGAGGUUUUCUAUCUGUUAACAAAAGUUUAAGUUUAAAACAAAAUAUUUUUGUAAACACACACACACAAGCCAAGAAAUAGUAUUUCUAGAAGCAAAUCUAAAGUUCAUAAUAGCAGGUAAUGAUGGUCUAGACACCUGUGUUUCCUUUAACUCCAAGUCCUUUUGGUUUUUGUAUGUUGUUGUUUUUCAAUGGUUUGUUUGUUUAUUGAAAAUUUUAAAUAAUUUCCUUUCAUUGUAUUUUCUAUUGCUCUGGCUGGCUAACAACAAAUAAACCAAUAAAAUCACAUUAUGAUCCCUGAAUCCAAGCCAUUUUAUUUCGGGUGGCAGUUAUACUUGGAAGCAACAUAAAUUGCUUUAAAAUAAAUAUAGCUUGGUGUAUGAAGUUUUUUUUUAAAAAAAAAGAUCAGUACAUUGACUUUAAUUAUUAUAUUUAUCUUUGAGUAAAUUAAUUAUCUUAGAAACUUAAAUUGGAUGUAGAAGUAGUUCUCUUAACAGAUUCAUUGUUCGUUCUUUUCUUUCGGCUCCAGAGUAUGGAAUACCCACAUCAGUUGACUUUAUAGGUUGUGAUCCUGCUCAUAUGGUGACGUCAUUUAGCACUGGCAACACCGUCAUCUAUGAUUUGGAAACAUCCCAGGCACUGGUAAUGCUUUCAUCACAGACUGAUUCUGGUAAGCAAAAGAGGUUCUUUACUGCUCUUUUUAUCACUUUUGCAGCUGGGACUUCAUCUUACAAGGCCAAGGUGUAAUAUAAAUAUAGGAAAACAUUUUUCUUCAAAUGGAUAUUUUACAUCAGUGAAAUAUGUGUACAGAAAUCCUGGGGAGGUUCAGCUGAAGUAGUUCAGUGAUGCCACAGUUUUUGUUCUUACCAGAUAUUUGCUUGCCGGCCUUAUUUUUUGUUAAAUUUCUACCCUUCCCUUCCUUUCAAAGGAGCCCAGGGUGACUGUGUAGUAAAACAAUGCAAUUAAAAAUAAUCUAAAAACAUAUUCGAAACAUUUGAAAGCAUCUCAGAACUUCUGAAAAUGUAUGAACAUUCACAUACCCUCACAACUAAUAAUUUCACAGUUGCCAGGAACACUAUCUUUCUGCCAUCAAAUGCCUGGUAAACAGGAAUAUUUUUAAGUUCCUCUGGUGGUGUUGAAUUUGGUUCUGGGAAACUUUGUUUUAAAUCCUGCCUCAACUGUGUGAACUUACUGGGAGGUCUUGAAAGUUGCCAUCAGCAAGUCCCCAUGUGUUAAAUGGAAGAAUUAGGAUGAACUGCUUCAAAGAAGAAUGGCGAGGACAAACAAGAUUUUUAAAAAACCACAUUUCAUUUGCCAGAUAAAAAGUCCUUGAUGUCCUUUUGCUGACAUGUUCACCCAGACCUCUUCAAGUAAGGAGAUGCCUAAUGAAAGCUGCCUCUUAAAAUGUUCAUUUCAAGUAGUACAAGUGCCAGUGUUACACAUCUGCUCAUCCACUUUUUCUUCAUUGCCCAUACCCCAGAAAUCUUUGCUAAAAUAGUACAUGAGCGCCCCAAAACUAGGGCCAUAAUCAGUUUGAUUAAAGCAAGCAUUGGCAAGCAUGGUUUAUUAGACGUUCUGUGUCAGAGUAAUAGUAGUUCAGUUGCAAAACAGUCAAACCAUCAUAUACACUGGUCUGUGUGGGUGAGGAUGGUUUAGACUGAGCAGAGGCAUCCCUCUACUCAUCUCUCUCCCUGGUCUUCUGCUGUACAUAGAGGAGGGGUUCCAAGGCCAGUGGAGUUUAGCAGAAAUGGGGCAUUCUGAGAGGGGGGGACUGAGCCAUUAUUGUUUGACUUGAAACUUGACCGCUGCUCCAGCCUGAAGCUUCUGCAGGGAUCAGGCUCAGUCGUCCUGCCCUCCCACCUUUUGCUUCGCCAUAAAUGACUGAACUGUAGAUGUGGUGGCGGCAGCUCAACUACUCCACAAAACUCCACUGACAGUGGGUAGGGGUAGUCGUGGUAUGUCCUCUGGCUCAAAUUUUCUUUCCUCCCAUUUCUUUCUGGGGUGGGGGUGGGGGAGAUGAAAAGCUUCCACUUCUAGUUUCUUGGCAAACCAUCAUUUGGCAUCUUUUGUCUUGCUAUAAGCGGAAGAGUCCAGUCUCUUCCGAUUGUGUGCAAAGGAGGGGGACACGAGAGCCUGAGGCUUGCUGUUGCUCGUUCUCAUAGCAACAACCCAGCCCCCACUUUUCCUGAAUUGGAGCCAGUUUUGUCUUUGAAUCCAUCCUUUGACAUACAUGCAAACUCCCAUAAGAAGCUAGAGUGACAGGGAUAACUUGUGGAGAUUAGAUAGAUAGAUAGAUAUGCACCAAACAUGUUAACUGAAUUCAUUGUGAUUCCUUCCUCCUCUGAUUGUCAUCUCUAUUGUGUUCUCAGGUUUACAAUCAAACAAUCACAUUAACAGGGUAGUAAGUCACCCAACACUCCCUGUAACAAUAACAGCUCAUGAAGAUAGACACAUCAAGUUUUUUGACAAUAAAACGGGUAAGGAAAUGAAAAUGCCCUUCUUCCUUUUCGUCAGCAUCCUGCCAAUUCCUCUGAUACUUUUCUUAUGCUCCUGCUUGUUCUAUAGAUUCUCCUGUCAAUCAUCCCUUCUUUAGUCUGUAACAUUUGGGUCUUCUUUCAGCCUUUCCCACCUAAUCCCCAGUUUCCCAAAUCCUCCACUGGAACGUUGUGAUCAUAGCAGCUCAAGACAGUGGCUGAGGUGCAGUGGGGUGAUGGGGGGGAUGGCAAGCCUAUGUUUAUUCCUUUAAGAUUGAAGUUAAAAGUAUUUUAUCUUUCACUGCUGUGGCGGGGAAAUAGCUGGAGCUAGAAUUGGCAUCAGGAAAUAGGAGCUGCAGAUGGGAUUAGUCUCCUGCCCCAAAUUGAGAAGCAUAUCCCUGUCUCCAUUAUUCUGUUCUAGCCCUCUGGAUUCUGUACUUUGUGCAGCUUCAGUGACUGGGAAUUAUUUUCAAUAUGUUAUUGGCUUGGUGUUUCCUACGUUUGUUCUUGCUUUUUGCAAAUCUAUUAAUAGCUGUUUAACUUUCUCAAUAGAGUGUGUCAACUUGCCUUCAAGCGGCAUUCAUAAAGAAUUGGCAAUCAGAAACAAAAUUACUAUGAUAAUGAAGACUCUAAAAGUCAUAUGCCAUCCCUUUAACAUAAUCGUUUUAAAACUGUUACUCAUCUAAGGGCAAAUGUUUAUGCCUUUCUGUGACCUUCCUUGAAGCACCUAGCAGGCCACCAAUGGAAACAGAAUGCUGAGCUGGAUGGAAACCUGUUCUGAUCCAACAAUGCAGUAUUUUUGUUUCUUAAGGUUGAAUCCUUGGUAACCGUUACAUGUUCUUUAAUUGCUGUUAGGUAAAAUGAUCCAUUCUAUGGUUGCUCACUUGGACGCUGUCACAAGUUUAGCUGUGGACCCUAAUGGAAUCUACUUGAUGUCUGGAAGUAAGUCUAUUGUAUUUUAAUAUUCUGUUGGAAGCCGCCCAGGGUGGCUGGGGAAACCCAGCCAGAUGGGCGGGGUAUAAAUAAAGUAUUAUUAUUAUUAUUAUUAUUAUUAUUAUUAUUAUUAUCAGCAGCAGCAACGUCUCCUGUAUUGCUAGCGGAUCUUGUUGUAUUGUGUAUUUAGCUAUGUCUGAAAUCUUGACUUGUUUUUCUCUUCAUUCAGGUCAUGACUGCUCUAUUAGAUUGUGGAAUUUGGACAGCAAAACGUGUGUGCAAGAAAUAACAGCCCAUAGGAAAAAGCUGGAUGAAUCCAUUUAUGACGUAGCUUUUCAUCCAUCGAAAGCAUAUAUUGCCAGUGCAGGAGCCGAUGCCCUUGCCAAAGUAUUUGUGUGACAUAACAAAGCAAACCUGCAUCUCAUGUAGCAGGUUUGCCUGGACGAAAAGAGGGAAUGCGUCACUGCCAUCACUGAAACGGUUACUGAUGAGACACUACAUGUGACCAGCCUCAGCAGAGACUGUGUGUUUGGGGCAGAUUUAAAUUGGUCAAAUCACGAUCUCGUGAAUAACGCUGGGCUGAUUCAUUUAACUGUAAUUACUGUAUUUUUGAAAGGAAAAAAAAAAGCAAACCAGUAUUUGUAGCCUUGACUGGAUAUGGACUGAGCGUUUGUCUGUUAUUUAGGUGUGUCUUUAAACGAACGUGGAGUCGGAUCUUAUUAAAGACUUUUAUUUUGGACUCUGUGUGCUGCCUUAGGGUUAGGAAUGUGGUGCUCUUGUUGGGGGAGUGAGCUCCAAGAGUAGCUUUCUUUGCAUCUCUUAGUAUCUUCACUUAUCAGUCAAAUGCCACAGAUUCCCCUUUUAAACUUUUAUUUUGCUUUAAAGAAAAAGGAAUUAACUUAAAAUAUUUAGCAUUAGUUGCACAAAAUAUUUGGAUAAAAUUCUAGUUUUUAUAUGUCUUUUAUAUAUUUAGCCUGUCACAACAGUGCUCAAGAUUGUAUGGAUGAUGUUUUUUCUGCAUUAUAGGACCCGAAACCACAGAGAUCUUGCUGGCCCGCUGCCCUGUAACAAUACCGUUUCCUUUGUUAUCUAAUGAAGCUCAACUAAGUCCUUUCAUCAGGAUGCUAAUUCAUCAUCAUUGCAUAACUGGCUUCCUAAAGGACUGACUGUAAAGAAUUGUGUAAGCGAAACACAAAGGAACUAAGUACCCCCAGCCCUCCCAAUGAACUUUUAAAAUUAAUCUUGGCAUCCUAUCACUAUGUGAUAUUUUGUACAUCUUAACUGUAUUUACGAGAUUAUUUAUCAAGGAUUACCCAUCUGGCUAAUGGCCUAUUAUUUAUUUCAUUUUUGUUGGUCUUUAUAUUCUUUUUAUGUAGCGUAUCAAGGGGCCCUGUAUAUCUAUUAUGGCACUCUUCGAACAGUCUAAAAUAGAUUAAAAAUGGGACAUGUAAUAGUUUUAAAAGUUAGACAGACUUUUUCCAGUUAAGUGUCUGGAGUAAAGUUGAUUCCAGGAAGUCAUUUCAGAACUUUUGGAGUGAAAAUGUUUUUAUUUGCGGUUCAAAUAGAAUGCAAAAGUAGUUGAAUCAAGAGUCAGAAAUUGGCUGUGUUUGGAAUAGUUAUUCUCUGCUUUGAUUUGUUUUUUUCAGAUGUGCUUCAGUUUAUGGUGUAACAAAAAGAUUUUGUUUGUGUAACUGCAUGAUUAAGACAAUAAAGUAUUUUUUCUAGUCUUCCACAAAAAUCUUUCUGAUCAGUUUGCAAGUUUUGAUGAGUUUUGUAAGUUUUCUGUUUUACAAACUAUGAAUCAGCAAAUUUUUAAGAUUGUACAACAUAGCAAAAGUACAGCUGUUUAAAAAAAUAAUGUAUAUAAAAUGCAUAUAAUAAAUACUAAAUGGUGUACCUGUAUGUUACUGUUGGUUAUAUUUUGUGUUGCAGAGUUUUAAGUGUCGUUUUAUUCUUCAAGUAAUUAGGAAAGGAAGGUUUAAAUUUUAACAAAACUUGCUUUGCACAUUUUAAUAAACUGCAUUGCUUUAAAGACUUGUAAUAUUUAUCAACAGUUUCAACUGUGCCACUCCCUUAUAAGAACCAGUUUCAAGAACAAAUAGUGAUUUGUAUUUUAAAAAUGGGAAACACAAUGGCAGGGCAGCUUGUAUUUUUUUAAAUGAGAAUAUUGUCAAGCAAUGGCAUUAGAGUCAAAUUUGAAAGCAAAUCAGUUCAAUUCUUCACAUGCCUGCUCAGAAGUAAGCCCCACUGAGUUCACUGAGGCAGACGACUAGGAUUACAGUUUUAGAUAUUUGAUUUUACAAUCUUAAAGGAAUCUUGUGUUUAUUCUUUAUCAUCUACAAUUAAUGAAAUCAUUGUGCCUUUACUCUAAAAGGUAGAUGAUACUAAGUAGCACACUUUUGAGUGUAAAACUUUCCAUUUAAUAGACUAGAUUCUUAAAACACAGAUUUUGAGUGGUUUUUCCAUGCCUAUUCCGCCCCAAAAAUCAUAAUCAUAAGAUGAUUGUUUCUGUAACUGUUCAUGGCAAAACAGUUCAUAGAACCUUUGUGUGCCAUUCAUUUAAUCUUGUAACAUGUCUUUCUUCCAUAAAUUGUUUCUACAAAUGGACCCAUUCUUUAAAGAGAAAAUCGGCACAAUACAAACUAAGAAUGGGUGGCAGCAUGUUUCUUGAAUUAGUUGCUGAGCACAUCAUUGGGACAUGGAAAAUGUUCUUAUAAUGGAUGGUAUCUUGUGUUUCCAUGUUUUACAAUUAGAUUAGCAGAGAGAAUGUAUUUCUCAGAUUGAACAGGAGCAAAACAAGAUGGUAACGUACCCUUGACAAAGUAAUGUAAGCAUAUAUUGCAUAGAACCAGAUUAGAGAAAAAGCAGCACCAUUGUUUGCAAUCCUGAUGCAUUAAAUUUAUACUGUAAAUAAAAAAGGAAACCCCACCUUUGACCAUAGAGCUCAAAGUGUGGUUUCAAAAUGUGUCUGUGUGUAGAGGUUUUUGAAAACUCUUCUGCUGAUUUGCACUCUUGGUUUUUUCCACCAAUUUAAAGCAUUAACGAAUAGGCAAGAGUGGUUUUUAUUUUAUUAUAUUGGAAUUAAUUAUAUUGGAAUUAGUUUCAUAAUUGCCUUUUCUUAAGUCAAACAUUGUUCCUGGCAGCUUUUCCGGAGUGCUGCAUUCUAAGGCUUAAAUGAAAUGUGACUCUUUAAUAAACAUUGCCAAAC